CGCAACGGCGGCGAGAGCCGAAAGGAGUGCGUCAGUGCCGUUCGCGGCGAGCCAGUCCAGUACGCGUCGAAUGCCGCGUGCAAACAGGUGCCAGAGCGGAACGACAAAAGGCCGUCGCCGACGACGCUGUGUGCGACCCCCGCGAGGACAUGCCGACUGUGAGUUGAUUUUAAAUUAUUGUUAUUAAUUUUUGAUUUGCACGCGCCGUCCGCCCGCGGUCGUUUAGUAGACUUAGGUCGUCCGUCACUGCACUUUUAUUGUAUCGUCGGCACCGUCACGGUGAAAAUACGUUUCCGGAAACGGCCGAACGGGUAUGCGCUCGUGUUUCUCGACGGACCGGUGUUUUCAGGGGAUUCGAUGAUUUUUUUUUUUUUUAGAUUCGGAUCCAUUGAUUUCACUAUGAUGUGUGUGUGUGUUUUUUUUCUUUCUAUGAACAGAAUACGUCUACAAGAAGACUCGCUCCAAAUUAUCAAGUGUAUAUAGUACUUUUUUAAAAAAAAAUAUUCCUUAUUUUCCGCUAUGAAGUAGUCGUUUUUUAAGUUUCCAAAAGGUUUUCGAAACAUCUGAGAAAAAUCCCGAAAGGAACUUACAGGUAAAACGGCAAAUAUUGACGGCGCGCCGCAGUGUUAUCGUUUUCAUUGCUUUUAAUUUGUGCAACUUAUGUUUUCUACCAGAAAUAUUAUUCCAAUCGAAAAAUGACGAAAUAUCGAUUUUGUUGAUAUUAUUACAAAUUAAUGACAAACCGCCACAGAAAGUCGGUUUUUCAUACCUGAAGUAUUUUUUGUAAUAAUUGUAAAAACCAAAAAAGAUGAAAUGUACGAUUUUUUUCAAAUAAAGGCACAACGAUUUUAUACUUUAAAUGUACGACUUAAGUUUUCCACAAAAAAUAUUACUCGAAUAGAAAAACUACAGAAGACAAUUUUAAGUUGAAAUUUGAAUCUAGUUGGUGAUAAAGAAAAACGUUUUUGAUUUUCUCUGUAGUCUUAUAACUAUUUAGGAAAACCUAAAAUAAACGUAAAAAGUACGUGAACAUUUACAAAUAUAAUUAUUUUAUUAUUUUUUUAAUAUAAUUCAGUUUAAAAUAUUCGUAAAAACUUGACAUUUUGACAGAAAACUAUUUUUUUUUUUUUUUUUUUAUAUAGACGUAAAAUUUUCAAAACAUUUUAGCUAUUUUUGAGCUUUUUAUUGACAUUUUAAUUUUACAAGUUUUUUACAUAGUUUUAUUUGGUAGAUUGGGUUAGGUACUAUGUAGAUAAAAUUGUAACUAAACAGAAAUGCUUAAAAAUUGAGUGUAAUGUAGUAUUUUUUUUUUUUUAUUAAAGUUUUAAAAUCAAAUUUUGACGAAAAACGCCUCUGGAAAAACUCCGUAUCCAACGCGAGUAGAAUCUCGGUACACAGCAUAUCGUGAAAUGUAUUGGUUUAACUAAAAUAUAUUAUGAUUUUUUUUUUUCUGUCUAUUAACAACUAUAUAAAUUCUACCAAAACGUUUGCAACGUGCAUCAACUUCGAGGGUAGUUUUCGGUAGAAAAUAUCGAGUUAGCUAAUAGGUAAAGAAAAUUUGAUUUAUUUUCCUUUGAGUUUCAUAAACAAUUGGAGAAAAAAUCGUAGGAAAAACGGGAGUUUUUUUUAUUUAUGCAAUAUUUUCGAAUACUUACGUUAGGUAUUUCUAGACAUAGUACGAUUUUAAAAACAUUUUGACGAUUUUCAAGUUAUUAUUAUAGCUAUUUGGAAUUUAACAAUUUUUUUUAUAAUUUAUAUAUGGUUGUAAAAUUAAUAAAUUUCUUGUGCAACUCAAAAAUGCUCAAAAAUUUCACAAAGUAUUUCUUAUGACACUAUAAAAAUAUCAAGAAUCUGUAAUCGCAAUUUUUUUUUUUUUUUUGAACCGUUUAGUUAACAAAUAUCGAUUAAAAUCAUAGAAAUCAAGACGUUUUGCGUACUAUUUUCCGAUUUCUGUGAAUAUAAUUUUUUUCGACCCGGCAAAAACCCUCGAUAUUUGUUUUUUGUUAACAAUAAUAUAUUGUUACGGAUAUAUUAUAUAAAUCUAAUUGUGCUAUGUAUUCUAAUUUCUCAACUCAUCUCCUCCCCCCUUACAACAGAAGCCUACCUAUAAACAAUAUCCUAUACGAAAAUUUACAAAACACCUGCAACGGUAUUUGAUGACUAUUAUAAAAUAUAAACUGUGCAAUUUGUAUUUUUGCGAGGACCCGAAAAAGUCUUAUAGAACAGAACCGCGUGAUUCUCAUCUCAUCAAUCGCAUAGGUAUGUUAUAUUUUUGAUCUUAACUGGAUGUUCUGUCUAUUAGUAUGAAAUCUAUGACUCCAACCCAGUUUUGUCGACUGAAUAUAUUUAUAGUUUUUAUUAAAGAUUUAAUAUACAUAAUCUUGAAACAUUUAUUGUGCCGUUACGUUGACGGUAAUAAUAGUAUAGUAAAAUUAAUUUGACUUUUUUCCGAAUUUUAUUUUUGGAAAAUUUAAGAUAGUUACGCGAUAGUUCCAAAUAACGUUAUAGUGUAUUUGUUUUCACUCUGAUUUUGAAUAAUUGGCUAAAUAAUAUUAAUUUGUUUUGUUGUUUUUUUUUUCAAAUAAUGAAAACUCAUAAAAUAAAUGUUAUAAAUUGACGAAAUUUCAGUUAUAUGAAAUUAUUCAUAUGAGUGCUGAAAGUUGUAACUUUCAUCGACACGCUUUCCAAAGAAAUACAACACUUUUGAGUUAGUUCGUUUUAAGAGACAUUGUAACUAGAGUAUUCCGCUUCCUAUUUAAAACCCUGCAAAUGUUCUCAUAAUAAAUUAGAUAUUAUAUUAACUUUUGACGUUGUUCAUAAAACUGAAUAAUACAAAUAUUAUUAUACUAACACUAUUUAGAGCGGUGCACUAAUUAAUUUAUAGGAUAUAAUUUUAGUUUUAAUUGUAAACAGAGCGUCUAGAACACGAACAAUUAUAAGUUUUAAAUUUCGAGAAAAUUCGAUUUCAAAGUUUACUUCUUCCAUUGUUUUCUCUGUGUAGGAAUAUUUUUAACUUAAGAUUUACACCGGAAUGUCUUUAUUCUGCCCCGUAGAUAUUAUUACCAAUCGAUAGUACCGAUCGAUACCAAAAUGCAAAUGCACUAAACCAAAAACAAACUGACUAUUAUUCUCGUUCUUUAGCCUAGACCUUAUAUUUCACAUCAAUAGUAUAAUAAAAUGUAUUAUUUAUUUUAAAUCAACGACAACAUUGAGAAAUUUCCACGCGAGUGAACAAGUAAACAUAUUAAUAGAAAAAACGCCUCCCGUAAUUGAUAUUUUUAGUGCUAGUACAAUAUUUAUUACAAUUGAUUAUAAAUUACAAUAAUAUAUUAUAGGUACCACUAGGUCAUAUAAUUUAGUAUUGUUACAUCGACAUAAAAAAUAGGUAACCACUAACCCUUUUUUAGUAAUGCGCAUUACCAGCGGUCGCUCGUCAAAAGUAUACCUGUGUCGGGGUAAAAAGGUAAACGUAAAACUACGUCAAAGGCAUAUCUACGUUCUACACCGCAAUAAAAUCGAAUUAUUGCGUUAGAGCUUUGGUUAGAAGCGUUAGAACUACAACAUUGACCAUUCGAAAUUUAAAUUUAAUAUAAAUAUAUAAAUUAGAUUAAUCAUAUCAUUCACUAAAAUAAUUAUUCUAAUUAAUAUUAAUCUAAUAUUACAGAUACUAUUGAUUGAUUGAUAAAUGUUAUGUUAGUACAGUAAACCUAAUUGGUCCCCUUCUUCUAGAAAAUAUUUUCGCAAGCGCUUAUGAUAUUAACAAAACAAAAUGUUUGCCCCCCCCCCAUUCCUUAAUUACACCUAACCGUGUCAUUGCGAUCUGCACAUGGCUAUGACAGUAGGUAUAUCUAUUAGUAGUAGUUUAAAUUUGAACAUUAUCAAUAUUAAUAGGCUAUUACUCAUAGACUCCAGGUUUGUAAAAUGUAUUUUGUGGCUGAACGUAUUGCUUUUGAAUUUAUUGAUCGUUUUUAAUUUUAAAGAUUUUUUCAUAAACACCAAAUAAUAAAAACUGAACUACCUAUUUUGAAUUAAUUUUGUCAUUCGAUAACAAUUUCAUUUUUAAAUAACACAAAAGUCCUAUAAAUUACUCUAGGUAAUGAUAUGAAAAAAAGUUCAUGGACAAGUUCAAAAAUCCGAUUAUUUAAUCAAACUUGUGUGCCCUUUAAACUUAAAAAUAAAGUAAUACUGUAAGAAAAUAAAAUUUUAUAUAUUUUAUACUUAAUUGUUAUCUGUAAAUUUUAAGUACAUACUAGUUAAAAAAAACCCAAAAAUGUCAAAUUGGAAAUUGAGAGUAUGAUUUCCCGUAGAAAACUUAUACACACUCAAAACUAAGUACACGUUUGAAUAAACGAAUGGCUUUUUCACUACACUCAGAAUUGAAUUAAGUUAAGUUCUAUAUGUAAUAUACAUAGAUAAGUACUAUAUAUAGUUUAAUUAAUAUGUUAUUACGGCAUAUUAUAAUUUCGCAUAUUUUUUUUAAAUCGUAUAACCAUAAACAUUAAGUAUCCAACCGCAUAGUGUGUUACAAUGUUAUGAGAACACUUAUCAGUUAUUAUAACACAACACUUAGUUAAUUAAUAAUAUAAUACGAUUUCUUCACGUUAUAACGCUAGAGAUACGCUACAAAAACAUAUCGAUAUUAAUCUGUGUCAACGAAUAUGUCAGUAUCUACGUUGUAUUGGUUUCAAUAGUAAUUAUUGCAGUACACAGAAUAGAAUUCCGUAAAUCACUACGGGUAACGAUCAAAUCUAUAAUACUGGGAACGUAAGUAUAUAAGGUAUUUCACCACUUUGUUUAAGGUUUGUUUAAUGACUAAAACUUUUGACUAUUGACAGAAAUUAUACACAAUACAUAAUAAUGUAUUAUUAGUAACACGUCGAAUAGGUUUUUCUUUCCUUUUUGAUGUAUUAUCAUACACUGAUAAUUAUAACAUGAUUUAGAUAUAGAUAUGAUCUACAUGUUUUUAUCUACAAUCAUAUUCAUACGAGAAUAACAACCACGCUGUCAUAAAAUAUAUUCCGUGUAACAAGAGAGAUUCUUAUAGUAUUUUAUUGACACUCACAAUUGGAAUUUUCCUUUUGGAGAGCUACACAUAUACUUUUACUACACAGUCUAUAGUCCCAUGUUAUGUUACUUAAAUCAUUAGUUCAAUUAGUUCCAAUAAAUUAUUCAACCAAAAACAUUUAUUGAUAAAUGACCCCAUAUCUCCAAUUUUCAUAUAAUUAUUGCAUUGUUAUUAGAUUCCGAGUUGAACGAGGAAUGUAUUGGUUUUACAUUGAUGAUGAUUAUUUAUGUAUUUAUUUUUUUAUGUGAUCACUUUUUCUAAGAGAGCAUACUCCAAUUAUCAAAUAUAGCACCUUUUCUGAAAGAAAAUGUUCUCUGGGUGGUUCUUUAAAGAGGUCAUUUUUUUAAAGUGACAGAUUAAAAACAAGUUUGUCAUUGGCAACCUUUUUUGUUUAUUUUCCGUUACUAUUAAGUUUUUAUUAUUUUAAUCUUUUUUAAACAAUCAUUUUACCAUGAUAUGACAUAUACUUUAUUCUAUAAUACAUUGUUGACAAAGCAACAUUAUCAACUGAACUCCGCUCAGAAUUGGUUUUUCGUUAGCAAUGGUUUAUUAUUACUUACAGGUAUACAUUAAAUUCCCGUCUAUAUCCUACCUUCCCAACUUCUUACCUACAACAGUGUCUGCACAGUGCACCCACUUGCGAAGUAUAUCAGUCCUUUUAUUAAUUAAAUCGCAUUUUGUAAAAUCAUCCAAAUUUGAAUGAACUGGUUCUACUUCAAAUAUCACCUAUCUACUUCCAAUUCAAAUUUACCUAACCCCCAUUUAACUAACCACAUAUACAUUAGACUAGGAAAAUCUAACCCCUCACGGUUCACAUUUCUACGAUCGUCUUAUCCUAACAAGGGUAUAAUUAAUUUAGGAAAUGUACACCGGGCUUAAAGACAUUCUAGGAAUAUUGUAUUAGGGAGUAAAAUUUUCAAAGAAAAAGAUACCUUCACACUUUAAAAUUAUCCGGGGGUAAGAUUUGAAAGUUAAACUGGGUUAAAAUCUUAAGAGUUUAAAUCCUGACAAAGUUAAAAUCCCAACACAGGGUCUAAAUCGCUACUAAGAAUGCUUCUAAAUUCCAUAAAAUAUCCUGUAUUCUUACACAGUGUACCCUACAAUUUUAUUCAAAUACUAAUAAUUUUGUCACUAUUUAUUUUUUUUUUUUUCAUUUUUUCUCCAACCAGUUUUUAUUUUGUGUCAGGGAGGUACAAAUUCAGAGAAAAAUUAAAUUUGUUUAUCCCUUAGUCACUGAAAAAAAAAAAUAACUUAUUUUUUCACUUUUUAAAAUUUACUAUUGGGUGUGGAGUCCCUUAAAUCUUCGGGGGUCAGGAUACAUUUUGACCACCUUCCUCACCACUGAAAGGACCUGAUUAGUAUUGUCGGGAAUUUGACCUUAUAGGAAUUUUGCACGCCUUCCAUACGUUUUAUCAGUUAAUUUCGUUAUUUGGGUUAACUUAUCGAAGGUUGACAAUAAAAUCAAUACAUUUUUAAAGUUUUUAUACUGAUAUAUGUACUGCAAAAUGUCUAGUAACAACGAUUGAAGGCUUGCAGGUACUGUAUAUAUGACUUCGAAAGUUCCCUUUAUUUUAAGUAUUUUAAUUACAGGUACGAUGGAUAACUAGAUAGAAUCUAUGAGUACCGUUUAAUUGACCACGAAAAUAUCAAAUACCUAACAAUAGCCUAAAUAUAACUAGAAUGUUUUUAAAAUUUCUCCACGUGCAAAAGGCCAAUGUAAGUAUUUUGUGAAAACUACAGACCAUAUAAAAGCAAAAAACCCAAAUAUCGUACCCUUUGUUAUAUUUCCUAUUUGUUUUCCUGGUUUUUGGAAAAACUAUACAGAAAAUCAAAAGAACUUUUUUUACUCACAAACUAAAAAAAUGUCCGUUUUUUGAAAUUCAUACAAAGUUUUCUGGGAGAAAAAUAUAAUUUUAAAAUUUUAAAUGAUGAAAUCGUUGUGCAACAAUUUGAAAAAUGUUCGUCUUUUUUGGUUUUCCCCGAUUAUUAUUAAAACUACUUUAGAUAUCAAAAAAUGAAUUUUUGUUCAGUGGCUUGAUAAUUAAAUGAACAAAAUUGAUAUCUUGUUAUUUUUCGAUUGGAGCAAUAUUUCUGGUAGAAUACAUAGUUUGUAAAACUUAAAUACAAUGAAAUGGGUAACGCCACGACAUGAGAUGCCAUAAAUAUUUGCCAUUUCCCCUAUAUUUUUUCUUCUGGUUUUUCCAAAUUAUUUUGAAAACCUCUGAGAAAAUCAAAAAAACUACAUCUCUAAUACACCGUCUAGAAAAAAAAUUUCCAUUGAGAAACUGUGCUGCUCUUGGUACUUCAGAGCAAGGUUCACAUAAUAGUAAAACCAAUAAAUCCCUCUCUACGUUACGAAUCUAAUACCUAUACCAUUACGAUUAAUUUAAAUAUUAUAUAGCUACCUUUGAUUUAUUAUGUUUUUUUUUGUUAGAGUGAAAAAUGAAUUUCCCUAAAACAUUUAGUAAUCAAAUUAUAAUAUUAGUAUAUUAUUUCUAUAAAAAAUAAACCGUACCAAUAGUAAUCGAUUGUUAAAUUAGUAGUGACAUUAGGAGCUAAUAGAAUUUUAAACAUGGAUAAGGUACUAGGUAUAACCUCUGACAUGUUUAAUAUAAUACUCGGGAAAUUUAUUUUUAUUAUUAUUAUUUAUUGUUUGUAAUCAAAUCAAAACCGAAAUCUGUAAUAUACCAGAACAAUAUGUGGGUUUGUAAAGUAAUACACAGGGUAUUAUAUAGGAUAUAAAUUGUUCUCGUACGAGUAAAAGUACGAAACAGUUUUCCUUUAAAAUGUAUAACACAAUUACUCUUCGUGUAUGAUUUAUACGGACUGUUUGACCCGGACAAAAACUAUUUAUCUACUAAUUAAUAUUUUUGAAAUCUACAAUCAAUUUUCGUUAACAAAACGAAUAACGAUACACUAAUAUUAAACACUUGUACAUUAAAUGUAUUGUAGAACAAUAUUCAAUAACCAUGUAUUUUAAUUGAAUACAUUAGGGGAAAAAUAUUAUAAUUUCAAAGAUAAAUACGAAAAAUGCAUUCUUUAUUAUUUUAUAAUAUACAUAGUGAUCUUUUCUUGCAAUAGUCCGGAAAUUCAUACAACAAUUUUUAAUAAAAUAAAUUUUCGUUUUAAUCGUUUAGUAAUUUUAUUUACAUUAUAUUUUACAAUUAUCAAUUUAAAAAUGUAUACAAAAUAACCCUUCUCUACUUUUCAGUCACAUAAUUUAAGGUAGGUAUAUAAGGUAUCUGAUAUUAGUUUUAUUCGAACAAAAGUAUUUUAGAAAAAUAUUCACUUUUUGGAUCUGUGUUGAAAAUAGGGAUUCUAUUUUUAAAAUCAAAAAUCUGAUACCUAUGUGUUUAUGGUAUAUGAAGUGUAAAAUUUUGAAAAUAUUCUAACGAUUAUAUUAUGUUUUAUAAUGACUUGAAAAACAUGAAAUAAAUUUUACUCGACAUUUUUGUAGAUAAUAAUCAUGAUAAAAAAAAAUCUUCCUGUGAAGGUAAUUUACGUAUAGUACUUAGAUAUUAUAUUUUAAUAUUUAGUGCAAAAAUUAUUAUGAUUUAUAAACGUGUUAUUAUAAGCCACGACGUGAUUCAUUAUUACAAUUAUUAUGAUAAUUUAUGCAUAUAUCAUACAUCAUUAUUAGAAUAAAAAUAUUUUCACAUAUACAUAGGUAGUAUUACUACCCAAACAUUAACUGUUUAAAACUAAAUAUAUUGUUACUCAUAAGUUUAAUUCAAAUUCCGUAUAUCUUAUAUUAUUGUUUCCAUUAGGUACACAAAACUUAAACGCAUCAUAAAUUAAUAAUAUAGUGAUAGUAUAAAGGAUACAUUAUCAAUAUGAUAUAACCGAUAAAAAAAUAACUAUUUAUUAUGAUAAAUAAUUAUUAUCUAGUAUUGACUGAUGGAAAAUGAUCUUUAAAUGUAAUGUUUCUACUGUGACCCUCCAAUAAACGGAGUCUUUGGGGUCUUAAAGUACAUAAAUCCAAUUUUAUAAAAUAAUCACAUAUCUAUGUAUUUAAAAUUUUAAAAUGGCGGUGGUAAAAUGACCAAAAACAAUUUUUGAAAUCAACUUUUCAAAAAUGUUAUCAGUAUAUUAUCCGACUACUUUAAAUUGAACUCAUUUUACUCUACAUUAAGGCAUUAUAAUAGCAUUGAUGUUUCAAUGUUAAAUAUAUAUUAUUAUUUUUUAGACAUCUAUCUAAAGAAUGACUACAUUUUUUUUUUCCGUCUUUGCCCUAAUCCCUGUAGGCGCAGUGCGCACCGUGCACUACUACAUUACUAUAUUUCAUAACUAAAUAGCGGAUGUUAAUGCAUUUGUACAUUUUUUCCUUCGAUAUUAAAAGUUAUAGAAUAAGAAAGAAAUGUAUUUUGUUACUGUGUUCGAACUAUUGUACUUUAAGGGCAUGUUUUUGAUAUAUUAGACCGUAUUCAAUAUAUUUAGGUUUUUUUCGUAAUAUUUAUCAUGCAAAUAUUACGACUAGGUAUUUUAGAAAAAAUGACUACAAUAAUAUUUUAAUGGAUUAUAAAAAUUUGUUUAGGUUUAAUUAACAAGAAAAAAAAGUCACAAGAACAUAAUAUUUAUUUUUGAUUUAGUGCGAUUAUUUCAUUUUAACGCAUACAUCUACCGGCUAUCAAUAUUUAUUUAUACUAUCCAUACGUUAAUAUUUGAUAUAUUUUAGUGCAUGUUUUAAUGUUUUAGAACAAAUUUUAAUAUUUAUGAUUUAUAUUGCAUCAAGCUCGUUCUUUGAUCAUAAUUCAUAAGUAGUCAUAUUUAAAUCACCGGUAGUUGGGUAGUUCGAUGAAGAGAUGGGGAAAGACGUAGGAUCUUAUAAUAUAUAGGUAUUUUAAUAGCGAAUGAAAUUCUUGAUUGCCUAGUAAGCCCGACAAAAUAUAUCAGUAUAAUAUAACUAGGUAUGAAUAUUACUCUUCUAGAUUUUAAAUGCGCCUGAUAAUAUUAACUUGCAAUGUGGUGAUAGUUUUUACGAAUUAUAAUAUAAUACACGCUCAACGUUCAGAUCAGUAAAAUUUAUGGAUGUUACAAAUCUGGUGAUGUGCGAUAAAUUGUUAAAUAAAUUCCACGGUACAAAAUGUGUUAUGAUGUAUGUCAAUAAAUUUUACCGAUAUGAUAAUUUAAUAUUGUUCGCAUCCAUAAAAUAUGUUCGCUAUUCAAUAGUACUAAUAUUGGCUCAUAAAAAUAAUAUUAUAUAAUAGCAUGUCGGUAGAUAAUUGUUGGUGUAUUACGAAACUGUCAUCCUGACAAAGUUUAAAAUACGUAUUCAACAGUCAAUACUCAACAAUAUAAUGCAAUAAAAUAAGAAACGCAAUAUUAUUAACAAACGUAAAACUUGAAAUGAUUCAAUGAUUGAAAAAUUAAUUUUGUUAAUAUUGAUUGGACUUUUGCAUGUAAAGCGUUACGCAGUUAUGAUAUACCUAACUAUUUUUAUUAAAAUGAAAAAAAAAAUAAAAUAAAACCGUAAUGCAUCAUCAUUUUGCAGGUCAAUUUCCCUGGCACCCCCACCCUCUUUUGAAUUUCGAAACACAACCAAGAAACUUUUUUUUGUGCUACGUCUGUGCUAAUUAGUGCCGUAAGUCUCGACAUUUGUGCUUUUGAACUUCCUAAUAUACAGCCAUUUUUCUAAACAGAUGUUCCUCAUGGAUAGGCCGCUUUUGUAGUUGGGGAGUUAGAAAGAUAGAAUAACAUAUAGGGCAAUUUAGUUUAUUGCUAAAUGCAAUGUUUAUCAUUAUAGACGAGUGGGAUUUGGUUUAACAUUUUUUUGAUAGAUUUGUAACAAAAAACAUAAAUCACGAUCAAGGAAUUUUAUCAUAAAUUUGUAUAAUUAUCGAAAAUUAUCAAUGGUCGUGGUUAGUUCUCUACAUCGAACUUUAAUCGACUACUUAACAGGUAAUCAAAAGCGUAAUAACCCAUAUACACUGGUAAUAAUAAUCAAUAAGACAGUUUUACAACAAACCCGGACGCUUACCGCGGUAGGGGAUGUAUUUGCACAAUUUAUGCAGCUAAAUUCACCUAAAUCAUUUUAAACUCGCCAAUAUAGAAUAUAUGUGCAUCUGAGUAGGAGGGAUGAACCCAAAUAGAUAGAUGCAAGCAAAACGGUUCUUUACAAAGUUAAAUAGAUAAAAUAUAAUCUGGCAUAUUCUAAACUUAAAAUUAAACUAAAUGCUAAAAAAAAGACGGACAUACUUCGCACGUGGGUGGGCCACUGUUGUAGGUGUGAAGUUGGGAAAGUAGUAGAGGGGAAAUGUAAUGUAUAUCUGUACGUAAAGAUUAACUAUUACUAACGAAAACUCGAUUUUGAGUGAACUUCGAUCAAUGGUGUUGCUUUAUCAACAAUAUAUUUGUUAUACAAGUAUAAUGGUAAAAUAAACAUAUGCAUUAUGUAUUUUCUUUAAUAAUAUUUGUUUAAUAUUGUAGUUAUUUUCCCAUUUUUUCCCGGUUAUCCCCAUUUAUUAUGAAAAUUCCUGGGAAAAUUAAAAAAUGACAUUCUUAAUGUAUCACCCCAGUCAAAUUUCCUUUCAGAAAAAGUGCUGUUAUAGUAAUUUGGAGCAAAAUUGCUGGCAGAAAAGUUGUCCACAAAAAAAAAAAAAUAAACAUCAUCAUAAAACCAAUACAUUCCCCAAAAUCAAAAAUGUCUUAUACAAUUGUUUUAAAAAAAAAAAUCGUUAAAAAUAUUAUAAUCGAAUAUGAAAUACUUCGAAAACUUAUAAAACUUAUAUUGGUUAUACAGUUUUAUCACAUUAAAAACAAAAUUCAAGUGUUACUCGAAACACAAAUUGAAUUACACUUAAAUACAUAUAUUUUUUUUUUCUUUUUGUUUAUACAGCUUUCACAGUGUUGUCAGAGGAUCGAACAGAAAAAUUCAAAAACUACUUCAUUAAUAUUCUAUUUGUAUUCAAUAGGCUACAUCUAUAAAAUAUUUACAAAAAACUUUAUUGUUUGUAGCCACGAAAUGGAUUUUUUGAAACAAAAUAAUAAAAUACGGCAUUUUAAAACUAAUAGCAGCGUUCAGGAUCUAAAAAAAAUAUAUUGAUCUUGUACUGAAAUAAUAUUUUUUGGCACGCAAAAGUUUAUGCUGUAAAACUUCUUUAGUACUACCCAAAUGUCUAUGUUUUUAUUUAAAAAUGUGUACAUAUGAGUAGAUACAUAAUAUAAAUGCAUAAAAAUGAGACUACAUUCCAUGACAAAGUAAAAACUUUUAUCUUCAUUUAAUAAAUUGUAAUUUUGUUAAAGUAUAAAAUGAAUAUUAUGUUUCUACAAAAUUAAGUACCUAACAAAUUCAUACAACCAACCGUCCUGAAAUAUCUAUAGUAUUUUUAACUGCAGUUCAAAAUAUAACAACUGCAGUAAACUUAUUAUAAUAUUCUUCGGCACCUACGUAUGUAGCAUUGAAAUUAUUCAAACAUACGGUCCGCUUUCGUUUUUUACAUUCCAUAAAAAAUAUUUCAUUUAAUGAAAAUAAAAUACCUUAAAAUUAAUAAGAAAUUGAACAAAUUAUAUGAACAAUACAUGUAUGUUUUAGUGAAAUUUCAAUAACAUGAAAUGCGAAUGUGUUUUUAAGAUUAUUUACACACCGUAAUACAGUAAUACUACUUCGCAUUUGUUAAAGAUGAUUUUUGUUAAAAACCUUUUUGAACAUUCUAACAAGUAUUCUAACAAUAACUUGAAAAAUAAUCAAUCCUUGUUUACAAUUGUAAAACAUUAAAAAAGAUCGUAUACUCGGACUUGCAAUGAUAAAGCAUUAAAUAUAGAUACUAAUAAUAAUAAUUGAUACAUUUUUGUUGUUAAUUGAAAUUCGGGUAAUUUUAAAAACAUGAUAUUCUAUUUAAUAGAUACUUAAUCAACGAAAGGUUUUAAGUUGUGUCUUUUUUUUUGUCUAUCAAUCGUGUUAAGAGCCACUUCAAUAUUGUCGUGAUGCGAAUUUCAUUUUAUUAUACCCGCAAAAAUAUCCUUAAUAAUAAAUAAUAAUAUAAAUUAUCUUUUUUAUAAAAAUAAACUCGUUCAAAUCCAAUCAAUCGAUAAUUAUUAUAUAGGUAGAUACUCUAAAAUAAUGAAAUCGCCAUGAUAUUUUGUAAUUCAUUUUUUAAUAAAAAAAAUAUGUUAACAAUUUGAAUUACUUAUAUUAUGUCAUUUAUAAAAUUAACUUUUUAAUUAACUAUAUUGUUUUUUUUUUCAUUUUUUCCGAAACCAUUACAACACAAACAUGGCCAUUUUUAAUCAUGAUUUAGCAAUUGUUUACGAAGAUUUUGAGUUGGCAUUAAAUUUAGUUUUUUCUGUCAUAAAACUUUAACCUAACGUAUAUUAACUUUUUACCUAAUAGCAAUCCCCCCUGACCUCCUUUCCAUAUAGAUUCAAAAAUAAUAAUAUUUUUCUAGACAUUUUGAUAUCCAUAACACUAGCUAUGUUAUCGAAUAACAUUUAUACCGUGUAUGAGUUAUAAUAGUUUAAAACUUAUACCGAAUGAGUAGAAAUGAAGUUCUAAAAUUAUCCAAUAAAUUAUAUAAGUAGCAAUAGUUAUAUGUAGACAUUAAACAUCAAUAAAUAAUAUAUUUUAUUUAUAUUAUACAAAUCAAUAUAUUAAUACAAAAUAAAAUAUGUAUUAUAUAAACCAGUUUUGUGUUAUAAUUCUUUGAUGGUUAGAAUUAUUAAUUUGGCUUCAGAUAGCUCAAAAAUCGAUUACAACCAAAGAAUUUGUCUAUGAUUACCCGAUUCUUUUACAUCAUUAUUAUCAGCUAUACUCAUAUUUCUCAGUCAAUAUAUUUAGUAAGCUUUAAUUUGAGUCUAGUAAUUAGUAAUUUUAAUUUUUUUCACACUGUGUCUCUUUUUCUGGGCCCAUUUCGUAAUUAUAAUAAAAUAAAAUUUAAGUGAAUUGAAACAAGAUAAACAUACACUCACCAUUUUUAUACAGGCAUUGCUCAUGGAUAGACCAUCCCAGGUGUGAGUAGUUCAGAAGGUAAGAAAUAGAUGUAGGAUAAUUUAAUUUAUACUAAAUAAACGCGUACAUAUUAUGUAUGCAAUGAUAAAUUACUGCCAACGAAAAACCAAAUUCUAAACGAAGUUUGAUUAAAUUUGUUUUGAAAUGCCAUAAUUUGCAUGGUUGCUUACAGAUUUAAAUUAAAUAACUUAUUUACCCUACCUUCCAAACUUCACAUUUACAACAGUAGUACACCCAACAUCAGUAUCAGCUUUUUAAAAUAUUAGCAUGCAUACAUUAAUAAUGAUAAUAUAUAAUAUAAAAAAGAGCUGAUACUGGGAAUGGGAGCGGCCACUGCUGUAGGUGAGAAGUUAGAAAGGUAGGAUACACAAGGUUAUUUCAUUUAUAUCAAUAAGCAACAAUAAGCCAUUGCUUGACGAAAGACGAUCCCGAGCGCAGUUCGGUAAUACAUAAUUUAAAGGGCCGUAAUUUUUUUUUGCGAUUUUCGUUUAAAUUUGAUUUCAAAACACUUAUUAAAAAAAAAAAGUCGUCCGAUGAUUUUGGACAUUUUACUACAUCUAGGUAAUUAAACUUAUGUUUAGAAACCUAAAACUGAUAACAAAAUAAUGUCUAUAUAUAAGUACUCAUUAUUUGUAUUUUUGUUAAUGUGAAUACUUUUAUACGAGUAUUACUCUAUUUAGAUUCGCUUAUUAAUUUCAAUGAUUCACCAUUGCUUUCACUAUGUAAAUUUGAUUACUAUACCACUUUAACUUUCCACCUUAUACAGUGGCCUACCCAUAGUGUAAAGUGCGUCCGAAUUUUUAAAUAUGUAUAUUAUAUAUAUAUAUAUAUAUAUAAUUUAUAUUUUUCUAAUCGAAAUUCUUUUUAGUGAUUCCUAAAACUAAUUAUCAUUUCGUAUGAAUAAUUAAUGAUUUCACAAAGUUUGAGUUUAAAAUAAAAUAAAUUCUCGAGCAUACAAAAAUAAAACUAAAACUAAAACAGUGUCUAUACCCAUACUUAAAUUCAAAUUGGUUUUUUAUAGGCAUAUUAUAUUAUGUAGAUACAUAAAAUGUAAGAACUCAGCGAUAUGAACUUUCAGUAUAUUAUGAAUACAUAACAACGUGAAAAAUGAUAAAAGGAUUAUUUUAAUUUCUUAUGAGGGGUAGGUUUAAUAUAACUGCAGGUACCUUGUAUUAAUAUAAGUCCUAUCUUUGUGUUUUUUUUUUUUUUUUUUGUGCAACGCCUAUACUUUAUGAGUGCAAAAUGUUUUAUUUUUCCAACGGGGUAAGGAUGAGUCGACAUUUUUGUAAAAGAAUGUACCUACCUCACACACAAAUACCCUCUUCAAGAGCCCCUGUAAAGUAUGGAAAAAACUCUCGAAAGAUAAUUAUGUCUUUCGACAAGCAGACGUGAAGUUCAAUGAUUGCGCAUGAACUUCUAUACAAAAUAUUUCUCUGCACAAUUUAAAACAUUUUAUUUACUAUUAUAUUUUACAUGGACAAUUUUCAUAAAGUUUAGGUGAAUUUUUAUAUUUUAUUGUGUUUUACUAAUAUGUGUUACGGAAAUCUAUUAUGUAUCAUGUCGCAUAUUAUUUCUUAAAUAAUUAUGCCAAUGUUGUUAAACAAAAAACCAUACCCUUACUUAUUUGUAUGCGGAAUUUCUGAUAGUUUCUAAACGUCAUAUCAUGUCGUGAUGUGAACAACAUUAAUAUUGCACAGCGAUUAAUGAAAUUCAAUAUGCAGUUAAUUUUUGAGUAUUAUCAUGUAAGUAUGCACACAAUAGAUUUAUCGCUUAUGAUAACUACUUAUGAGUAAUAAAUAGGACAAAUAUUUUUAUUAAUUUGUCAAGAAGUUUAUACCAAAAAAUAAUCGUUUAAGACUUAUAAAUAUGAGCAUUUAGUGGAUAUCAGAGUAUUAGAUGAAAUAUUAUUUGUUUCACUCAAAUCGAUCAUUAUAAGGUUUCUAAUUUAUCAUCGACAAUAAUUUUUUUUUUUUUUUAAGAGCAUAUACCUUUUAUACAUUUUUUUUCCAUUCAAUAAUAUUUCAAUAUAUUUUGGUUUCCAAGCUGAAUAAAAUACACACAUUGCACUGUUCCGCCAUUUUUGGACAUUUUGAUUUUCCAAUAACACCACGGUUUAGUUCGUCAUUUGUUUAAUAUUAUUCGGAAUUUAUUUAUACUUCCUACGACCGUUAUAAUCAAAGUAACGACAAACCAAUCGCCAUUUAUUGCAAUCACUAACAGAACAUUAAAGUAUACCCAGAUUAAUAAAAUACUUUUAACUUAUUUUACACCUAACUUUAUUAAAUUUGUACAUGUUUCGGUUAACAAACACGUUAAACGAUUUAUUUUUAAAAAUCACGCAAAUCGGCUUAGUAUAGAAUGUUAGAUAAUUAGAUGCCUAUAAAAACCACGGUAUAAAUCGUUACACGUCUGAAUAAUAGGUACCUAUGAAGCUAAAUGUAAUAGCCUAGUGUACAUUAUUUUAUAGAUAGAAAAGUAUAUUAAUUAUAAUAAUCAUUAAAUUAAAUCUAAGGUUUAAAAAGUAAAUGUUCAUAUUUUUACAAUUACUUAGUGUAUUGUGUAAUAGUGUAAAUAUGUUUUUUCUAUCACUAUUCGUGUAGCUCCAAUUUUUUCACGCAGUACUUUCAGUGCGAAUUUCAGGGCUGAUGAAAAUUUACUUGAAUUAUUUUUUGAAAUUUCUUAAAACUUUCAAAAUAACGUUUUUUAUGAUAUUUUUAAAACACAUUUUUGAUGAAUAAAAUGUAAUUUUCAACGCCGUACUUUCAAAGAUGUAAAUUGUAUGUUUGAAACAAAGUACCACUGUACUUUAGUUAAAAUCCCGACAGUUUUUCUAAUAAAAUAUGAAUAACUCAUACCAAAUUACGAUACGUUGCUUUAACUUUUGUGGAUUUUGGUACCACCCUAUCCAUAAGACAAACCAAGCGAUAAAUACUAUAGCCUUACCAGUAUACAAAGCUCCACUCAAAAUCAUUUUUUUUAAUUUGAAUGAUUUUUCGUUCCUUUACAAUAGGUAAAUAAACUUAAUUAUCCUACAUCCUAUACCUUCCAAACUUAUAACAGUGAAGUGUUUUACGCGUAGUAUGCAAAAUGUGUUCUUGACUUAAUUAUUUUCUAUAAAGAACCUGCAGUUUUAUUAUAAAAAUAUUACCAGUCUAUAUAUUAUUAACUGUCCCACUCGGCGUUACUUAUGCAAAAGAAUCAAACGAUGAACUAAAUAACCAUCCGCCAUUGCAGUUCCUAUGGAAACUACUGUUCAUUGUGCAUAUCCGCGUAACAACUAUUACGACCCUUACACGGUAUACUUUAUGAUUUAUUUUAGAUACGAAGCGAAGCGAACGAUCUAUUAGUUUAAAUAUGUGUUUUUUUUUUCUGUAUGUAAGAAAAUUUUCGAACACAAAGCUUGCUCCAAUCGGAAAAUGACAAGAAAACUUUUUUGUUGCAAUUUGGAUCCAGUUGGUGCAUUAAAUAGGUUAUUUUUUAAAGGAUUUACAAAAUAAUUGAGAAACAGCAAAUAUUUACUGCACACCGAGACGCGCGGCAUUACCAAAUACUUAAUAUUUAUAAACAUUUAUUUAUUACAGUACUGUAGUACUGGUAAUAUAGAUACGUAUCUAUAUAAUUUUUUUUUUUUAAUAAAAUAUGAAACUAAAUACAUACAAUUAGUAAAAAUAUUAUCAAUUUUUUCUCAUACACCAUGAUAAUACACCAGUUAUUUUUUUUUUAAUAAAUAUAAAACUGUAAAUUUGUUUUUUUAAUUAUGGAUACCUAUUUUCUAGUUACUAUACCUACCCAAUUCCCGUGUUAUAACUUAUUAAUUUUUAUGAUAACGCUCUAUAAAAAUACCUACUUAAAUAGGGGUUAACUACUGUUAACAUUGAACAUAAGUGUGACGAGAUUCUUAUAAUAUAAAUAUAUACAAUUAUAUAUUAUGUAAAUUAUGUUUUUUGGUGCUUCAUUAUAAGUUUAACUUAGUGGUAAAAAAUAGAGUGUAAUGUAGUAAUUUUAUUUUAUAAUCUUUUUAAAAUCAAAUUUUUAUAAAAUCGUAAAUAUUACGAUCUUUCAAAUCAUUUAUAAAUGAACUUCAGAAUCAUUUUCGUUCGCCUUUUUGUAUUGUUUAAGAAUUGAUUUGGAGGGAAAGGGAGGACAUAUGUUAUUCCUGGUCUAAAACUACAUCCAUGAAAAGUUUCAAUACGUUCAUCAGGUACUUUUUAUUUUAUUUUUUUUGAAAAAUUUGAACAUAAGCAUUUUAUAAAUUUUCUUCUUCUGGAAAUUUUGACGUGUCAACUUUUUAUUUUCAUUAAAUACUUGAUUUUUAAUAAUUUUGUAAAAAUUAGAAAAAAAAAGUGCAUAGCUAUAAUAACAAUAAUAAUCUAUUAUAGAAAAUGCGAUUAAUAAUCUGCAUGUAUAAUUUGUCUGAAGGUUCUUUUCUGUAGACUUUAAAAAAUUAUUAAAAAUAAUGAAUUUUAUGAAAAUAAAAAGUUGAAAAUUCUAAAUUCUCAGAAGAACUUACUCUAUAAAAUGACUAUCUUCAAAUUUGUUGAAAAUAAUAAAAUAAAAAUUACCUAAAUUUUUUAGUUUUUUUUACCGAAAUAUAGAAAUUUAAUUGAAGUAUAAAUAGUUAAAGUUAUUAUCCCUGUGAGGAAUAUAAAAAACAGAAUUUGAUUAUUUUUAUUAUUUCCAGAGAUAUUACAAUGGGUAUAUCUUCGUGAGAUACCCUGUAUAAUAAAUUGAAUAUAGAACAUAGGUACCUAUACAACUUUUGCUUUCAUUGAAUGAAUAAUUAACGAUAAAUAAAUUAAUUUCCGACAAGGGAAAUAAAGUCUACUGAAUUCUAAACAGACCGCUUUGUUAACAGGUAUAAUUAACGCUACUUGAUUCUCUUUGUGGUACCAUAAUAGAAAUCGAACGAAUUUAAACCUACGAAAAGGGAUUACCAGCAUAAUAUAAAAAAUACGGACAUACUCGCACGUAGGCGGGCCACUGUUGUAGGUGAGAUGUUGGAAAGGUAAAGGGGAAAUUAAAUGUAUAUCUGUACGCAACGAUUAACCGUUUCUAACGAAAAUUGAUUGUGAGCGGUUCGGUACCACCCCAAUCAAAUUUCCUUUCAGAAAAAGUGCUAUCAUUGUAAAUAGGAGCAAAACUUCUGUUCGAAUUUUUGCACAUAGUAUUAAAAAAAUAAAAAUAAAAUUAACAUCUUUGUAAAACUAGGUCUUUGUAGGUAUAUAUUUGAUUGUAUUAAUCAGAUUUGAAUUUAUAUUUGAUUGUUACUCUCAAAUACAGAGCAUUUUUUUUCUCAAAAUAUUAUACCGUCAAAAACGUAUUAUCAAAAAUAGCGAAGUUAUUUGAUAAUUGCAAAUUGAUUAAACUAAUUAGAUAUACAAAAAACUAAAAAAAAAAACACUUACACUAUUGUUAACACGAAAGACAUUUAGUGUAACACUGUUGUUUAUUUAUAUUAAUUUAUAAAUAUUAAACUUUCUCUUAAUUUCAUUAAAUUAAAGCAUAUUGUGUAUAACUAAAUCUAUUUUAAUGUACGAGAUUUAAUUUAAUCUUUAUCUUUCCCGUAUUGUAAACACAACGGUAAUAUUCCACUAUUCGUACUAUUUAGUGCAAAUUCAACAACGCUUCUUUUCUUCCGCAGCUUAUAUGCUAAAAACACACCGUCCUCCGCAUGACCACUGUCCAGUCUUGCGCACACUCAGUCUUACCUUCUUAACCGAGAGACGUGUUAAAGCUAAUUCAGUAUUUCUCUGAAAAUUAUUAAUUAGCGGCUCUCACUCUACUCUCGCAAGUGAACUUUAUUCCUUCUAGUUCCCUUCAUUGUUCCUCGGAAUAGUACCAACUAUGGUAGAAGCCAACCGAUCAACCGUAUGAUGAGUCUAGCUAACGGGGACUCUAUCUACUUUGGUGGGUUUUAAUAUUGUAAGUGAUUUAAUUUAGUUACAUUAAGUUAUUUUGUAUUAUAUGUUUAAUUAUUUUGCUCCUUUUACUAUUAUCUUAGUUUCCCUGAAUAAUAAUUUGUUAUAAUUAUAUCAUGUAAAUUUACUGUAUUACUAUAUUAUUAAGCCUCCACCCGUUAUACUCGUAUGUCUAUCAAAUAAAUAAAAUAAUAUAAAUAACUCUGUCAUAUCUAUCGUUUAAAUUUUAGCUAUAAUUUCUCAUUGUUUUUUUUUUCCUUUUAUUAUGGGUAGGGAAAAUAUUUUAUACGUUUUUAAUAAAUUUGAAGUAGUGAUAUAUGUAAACUUUAAAAUUGUAUCCAUUUUCCGUCUCAAAGAAAAUGAUCUAUUUAUCUGUUAGUCCAAUAUCUGUAUCAUUUUUUAUUUUUUAACGCACUAUUGUACGAAAGUCAAAAAUGCUUUUUUUCUUACAAAAAAAGUAAAAAUAAUUGAUUAAAUACAAAAUAAAAUGUUUUGAUAUAAUUGAAAAUUUAUAUUACCUAAUAAAAAUAAAUACAAAAUAAAGGAUUGGAUUUUGAGAGAUUAGCACACUCACCCCCUGAAUAAGGUUCCUUGGAGGCGUGGUGCCUAAUGGUAAAACUAAUAGGUACCUAUAAUGUCGGCUUUAAUUAUGAUAUAUUUUACACACUAUGCAUAUUGUGUUAUACCUAUGCUUUACUUAUACAUACUUACAUUAAAUGCUUAACAAGUGUAUUAUUAUUACAGAUAUAUCAUGUGAACUAUAAAGAAUAAUUGAUCCGAAGAAAAUACGGCCAAUAAACAAUAAAAUGGAAAACUGGAUAAAUUAAAAAGGUCUCAAAAAAAUGAAAACAAGACAUUUAAUUUUAAAGUUAAGUUUACAGCCACCGAAUCCACUUUAGAUUGAAAUGUAAUAUAAUAUUGUACUUUUAUCGAAUAGUAUAGAAAACAUUUCGCAUUCUUUUUCUUAUUUAAUUUUUAAUAAUGUUCUAGAAAAAUGGAAACAUAAUAUUUUUACUGGUAAUAAAAUCAAAACAAAUUGACAGUAUCGAUGUCUAACAACUUAUCCAGUUUUUAUAAGCUGUGCAAAAAUGAAGUACGUAUACACAAAUAUUCAUAUAAUAAUAUUACAAAUAAUGAAUUUGAUAUGAAUCGGAAACCUAAAAAUUUGUAUUUUAUUUUACCUAUAACAUUUUAUUUAACUACAUUCCUAGCUUCAUUUAGAAUUUAAAAUCAAAACUUUUACUAUGCAAUUCAUUUUUUUUUUUUUUUUUUUAUAGCAUGAUGUAUAAAAAAAUUUUACAAACGUUAAAUAAAUAAAUGUAUAGAUCAAAAGAACCCGUUAAACCAAUAGAUAAGUAAUUUACUAUUUACAUUCAUAAAAAGUUUUUAAAAGAGGUACACAAAUUUAGUAAAAUUAUUUAAUAGACUUUGCGAAAUAUUACAUUCCUCAAAAUUCUAAACGCUUAUAAAUAAUUAAACAUUAGUUCAACGUUCGUUAAUAUAUAGCAGAGAAUAGAGAUUAGUUUCAGAAUUCCUAUUUUAUCAAACAAACUACAAAGUGCACCUUCCUAUUAUUAUGCAUAUCUUGCUCAUCAAACAACUUACCUAACUUAACUUAACUCUUAUUAAAAUAUAGUACUUCUUGGUUAAUUUGGUUUAUAAUAAUAAUUAAUGUGCCAGUAUAUUUAGCAUAACAAAUAUCAUACAUGUAUAGUUGAAGCCCUUUUUAACGUUUACCUAUCUAAAUAAAUAAAUAAAUAAAUUAUGUAGUCACGUAGUUAACUCUUUCAAUUUUAAUAUAGGUAAAUAUAAAGCGUCCCGUGUGUAAAAAAGUUUCAUUUAUUAUAGCAAUAUAAUAUAUAUAUAUAUUACAUUUGUUAUAUUAUUAUAUAACAAAUGUAAUAGUUUCUAGAUUAUGAGCAAAACGAGGAACAUAUUGAUUUUACAAUUAUGCUUAUUUUAAAUUCUGAAUGUAGCGAUGAAUGUAAAGAAUUUAUUGGUUUUACAACGAUUUUUAUAUAUUUUUUUAAAUUAAUUUACUGUGACAAAAAUGUCUACCAGAAAUCUUGCUUCGAUAUGUAUAUGUGGCUCUAUUUCUGAAAGGUUAUAUUCCUAUAUGGUUGAGACGUCCCGGUUCGAUCGGUCUUGUUUUUGAGAACCGACCCGAGCGCCCAGCUGACUACCCGCCUAGGACCAAAGUCGCCAACAUAGGACCGACGUCCAAAGACCGGUGUCCUAGGGUUUUAUUUUUUCAAAGGGAAAAGGGAAAAUCUAAAUAAAUAAACACGUAUUUUCUUUUGGGGAAAACAUAGAAUUAUUUUAUUGACUUAUCAAUCAAAAAGUAAAAUUAGGUUAAUGCAACAGAAAAGCCCAAGGGCGUAAAAACUGUCACCUGAGAGAAAAUAAAUAGUAGGUACGAUUCUGACAUAAAUAUAUAUAUAUACACAGGAUGAUAGAUAUCUCCAAAUAACUUAAAUUUUAAAUACAUAUAUAUAUAUACAUUAACUGGGGCGUCAACCAGUCUUAAAAUUGUUGUCCGGACGCAAGAAGUGAUACAACGGGGAGCGUGCCGGCCGGGACUCAUUAAUAUUUAUUGAUAAUGCCGUAACCACAUCCACGUGUGUGUGUUGACCGAUAAGGGUAUUGACCGAGACGGACCUCCACGUGGAACUUUCGUGGACACAGUAAGUAUUGGGGAGACCCCAGCAAGAAUGUGCGGUUGCCAGGUCACACAAAUUACCACCGGGAAGGGUAGCUGAACGCUUUUAUUCCGUGUUGACUGGUCCGUGGUUUUGGUGGCCCUACGGGUUAACCUGCGGGGUGCGUCCGAAUAUGGAUCGCGAAGUGGGGAAGAUCGAUCAAUAUAUAUAUAUAUUCUUUUUUAGAUCUAAUAGACGCUGGUUGAUCCCCGUCAGUAUUUCUGAAAAAUUUAACAUACGAGAAAAAAGAAACAUUUUAUACAAUAAUAUUUAUACGGGGGAUCUUAACUGAACUACCUUAAAAACUAACUAACUAACGGGUUAUCGGCCAAUUAUUAAAUCACAUGUAUAUUACCAUUCGUCUCGCCCGAAGAUGUCCGCCCAGCGGUGUCACUUCGUCGAUUCGUUUGGGGCACCAUCAGGAAACGAGUCAAGGUACAUGACCUUUUCUUGAUGGCAAAAUAUGUGAAUCCGUGCAAUACACGGGAGUGUUUUAUUUAGAGAACUGUAUCGAAAGACCGUCUGGUGAUAAAAUCUCGAGACGAGGUCUGGAUACGAAGAAGGAAAGGAACGAACAAAAAAGAGAAACUAGGUAGCGAAGCGCAGAGACGUUUGUGGCCCACGUCGCCGCGGGCUGACGUUUUUGGGGAUAAGGGGAAACGUGAUCUAAUUGGCCGGUUACCCGUAGUUAGGAAUAUAAUACUGUGAACUGCAAAAGAUUGCGAUCACAUAAAUCUUUGGGAAGGGGGGGGGGGGAAUUAUUGUUCAUGAUGACAUAAAAUAUCCGUCGAUGUGGGCGUAAUCUAUUAACCGGUCGACCAUAUCGAUUGUAGGUAUGCUUGUCAAGCAUACCAACAAAAAAUGGUUGUUUUUGGACGUUACAUGGUACUUUUGGGAGGUAAUUUUUUGAUUUUCUAAACCGUUUUCAUAGUAUCUGGGAAAAACCGGAUUAUAUUUAUAUUUAUAUUAUAUAUAAUAUUUAUAUUUUGUAUAUAUAUGUUUAAUAAUUAAUGUAUUCUGUUAAGUUAUACGAGUAUAAAUGUUAAUUUUAUUGGAUAUGUAGUGAUUGGGACGUUUGGGUCCUAUAAUAAUAUUAUUUAUUAUUCCAUCAAACAUUAUAAAAUAAAUUGCAUUAUGAAUCUCCUCAAAAUUUAGUGGCUAUGCAAGAGAAGAGAGAUUCCAAACUAGUAGUACUAAAAUAAAUUUCGAGAUAUUUUAUUUUUUAUUUUGGGUAGAGAGAGAGUAGUCUAAAAUCAUUUGAAUGCAUGGCACGGCAGUAUAUGUCUACCCUACUAUACUGUGUACAUAAAACACGAUUGUAUUUAUACAGAUUACACGAGAACUUUGAUCGGACGUAGUUCUACAUAGAUCUGUUAAAAAAGAUGCAGAGACCCAGUGCAUUGAGAACAGAUGAAUAUUGUCACGAGAAAAACAAUGGAGUCGAUAAGUAGAGUCAAUAAUAAACAAUCCAAAGAAAUUUCCCCUGAUUUCGUUCAAUUGUUGAAUGGGCAGAUUAGGCAUGAAAAUAGACAGAGGAUUAAGUCAAAGGGUCCAAAAGAGCAUAACCGUAUUCGAAAAUAGGUCUAAUAAAGGGUUUUUAAGGAUGAUAUACUCCAAUGCGGUUUGGUUUACAUUAUGUACACACAUCCAUAAUCUUCACAUCCUUGACUAUGUUUGUAUCUAUUGUGUAGUACACAAUAUGCCUCGCCUGUUCAAUAAUAGAUUAACGUUCAUUAUAUUGUGGUUAGCAUUUAAAUUAUUCAAACACGAGUAUAUUAGCUGAGUGAACGGAACUUAUACAACACGUCCGCUUAUCAUCAAAAGUCAAGGUACUUUUUUAUGUACUGUAAUAUUGACACUAUUAAACUAUUUAUCCUUAUUUAAUUACAACGUAUAAUAUGUGUAAUAUAUUAUAAGUACCUAUAUUUUUAAAACGAUUUUAUUUACUUUCAUAAGAUAAUUAAAAAAUGAUUAUAUCUUUCGCUAGGGAUACUCUAAUUUUCAGACAUGAUAUUUUAUAGAGUUUGAGAAAAAAUAUUUUUAAUUUUACACCGAUGUGUAUGUUUCUCGAAAAUCUAUUUUUAGAAUAGUAAAAAUGCUCAAACAUUUUCAUUAAGAUUUGUGAAUAAUAAUUAAUAGAAUACGUAUAAAUAUAUGCUUAUAUCAAAAAGCGAGUAAUUUAUCGAAAUUCACAGUAGGUAGUAUGUAGUAUGUACCUACUUCGAAAACUGCGACCGUAUUUGAUUAAAUAUUUUGAAUAGAAGAUUUAUAUUUUAGAGACCUUGUAUAAGUGCAAUGAACGACUACCGUUGAUUUUCAUAUUCAGAAAAAAAAAACUGUUACUCCUAAACUCUCAUUCUAUCCUUUUAUACUAUAUUUUCACUGAUCACACAUGUUUAAGCAAUAUAUAUAGCAAAUCGUAUUUUAUAUAAUCGGAUAUUUUAUCAGCAUAAAAAUAAUUUUUUAUUUUUAAGUUUUGAACAGAACGUGAAUAUUAUUGGUUUUUUAAGGAUGCUUUUGUUAAGAAAGAUGCAAGUUUUAUAUUCGAUGAAAAGGAACGGACAGUUUUUGAAUAUUUGAGUACUGCGUUAACUAAAUCACCGGUAGUAGUUAUAUAUUCUCUCGUCGCUGAGACAGAGUUACAUUGUGAUGCCUGAAGCGAGUUCGUCCGGUUUUCGAGCAAUAUUGUUACAAAAACAAAAAAAAUAAUAGGUAAAUUAAAACCUGUGUUUUAUUUUAGUCAGUGAACGUCACCGAGUAAAUCGAAGUACCAUAGUUGCAAAUUAGAAUAUCUUGCUGCGGUUUAUUUGAUAAAGUGGUUUCAUAUAUAUUUAGCCGAGAUAUUUUUCGAGAUCAUGACCGAUUUUGAAAGUUUUCGAGUUAUGCUGAAUAAGCGAUUUAUAAACCCAUACAUUUCGAGUUGGGCGUUAUUUUUGGAAAACUACGAUUUUGACAUAUUUUAUCGUUCGAAUAAAAAUAUCCAACACGUCGAUGAAUUUAGUAGGUGUCAUGUGAUUCUAAUUUUUGAAUGGAAUACGUUCGAACAAACACAUGCACUUCGAAAAACUUUGGAUGAUGAAAUUAUUAAAACUAGAGGUGAACUACAAAGAAAAUAUAGCUUUUUUAAAAUAUAGGGUUUAAGUUACGAAAUGGGUUUAUCACAAUGAAAACAAAAUAGUCUAGUUUUACGUUACGAAGUUAAUGAAAAUAAAUGUUAUUCGAACAUGUCACAACAUGGCACAUUUCGGUUUAUUGAAAGUUAUGGAAAAUAUCUCACAUGUAUAUUGGUUUCCAAAAAUUAAAAUGAAAGUACAACAUUAUAUUGAUAAUUCUAUUGUUUACAGUGUAUUGCAUUUUCGAUUCCUAGUGGAAAAAAAGAAAACUUUCUAUUUAGUAUUCCGAAACUCUGAAACUUUAUCGCCAUAAAUCUUUUAUAACUAUACAUUUGACCACUUAGGUCCAUUCGAAAAGACAAGAACUAGAAAUAAGUUUACUUUUGUGGUGAUUGCUGCUUUCACGAAAUUGUAAUUAUGUCCAUACCGUUCCACUAAGACUGAAGAAGUAAUAAAAUACUUACGUAAUAACUUUCAAACUUAUGUUAUGCUAAGACAGGUAAUAAGCGAUUGGCAUACGUCUUUUACGUCAACAAAUGUUUAAAAAUUUUUGUAAGACGAGUCGAUAAACUCAACACUGAUUGUAACAGGGACCCCUAGAGCAAACAGACAGUUUGAAAUAGUGAAUAAGUCUAUUGUACGUAUAUUGGCAAAAUUAACCUAGUCACCGAAUAAGUAGUACAAGGUUCUGAAUAAGGUUGAAUUCGCUAUAAAUAAUAUAUUGUAUAAAUUAAGUUCAAAUAUGUUGCUGUUUAAAGUGAAUCAGUUUGAAAACUCCACGCGAUAUCAUCGCCAAAACUUUUGAGCCACUUUUGAGUUUUUAAGGAAUUUUAGCUUUGGGAGUUUUUUUGCUAUAAUUCAGUUAUAAAUAUACGUAGAGACUUAAACCUUGGUAAUAUUACUUAUAUUGGAUUUACCUAGAUGUGGUAAAAUUUCCAAAAUCAUUGGACGACUUUUUUUUUUUUUUAAUAAGCGUUUUGAAAUCAAAUUCAAACGAAAAUCGCAAAAAAAAAUUACGGCACUUCAAAUUAUGUACUACUAAACUGCUAUCGUUGCUUACAGAUAUAAAUGAAAUAACCUUAUGUAUCCUACAUUCCCAAUUUCUCACCUACAACAGUGGCCGCUCCCAUCUCCAGUAUUAGCUCUUUUUUUAUAACUAUAUAUACGUACCUAUGUACUUAUUUUUAAAUGUAUAUCAAGAAUUAAAAUAUUUUAGAUUCUGAGCAAAGCGAGGAAUGUAUUGGUUUAAUAAUGAUGUUUAUUUUUUAUAUUUAUUUAUUUUAUCUGUAAACGACUUGUCUACCAAAAAUCUCACUCCGAUUUUCAAGUGUAGCACUUUUCCUGAAAGGAAAUUUUAUCUUAUUGGUACUUGAGUAAUUUUUUUCAUUUUCAAAAUUAUUUUCAUAGAAUUUGGAAGACCAGGAAAGACGUAGAGAUAAACAAACAAAUAUUUACGUCAAUUACAUGACUUUACAUUUUUUUAACUUGUGUUUUCUUCUUAAACAUCUUGACAAAAAGACUUUUUUGUUAAAUUUUAGAUCUAGUUUUUCAAAAAGAAAGUCAUCUUUUAGAUUUUCUAAGUUAUUUUCAUAAUAAUUGGGAAUAACGAUUGGACGGCGUUACGAUUUCGUUGUUUUAAAUUUGUACGUUUUAAGUUUUUUACCAGAAAUAUUGCUCCGAUAAAAAAAUGACAUGAAAUUAUUAUUAUUAAACUUUUAAUCUAGUCGAUAAGUAAAAAAAUAUUUUUUUGAUUUUCCUUGUAGUUUUUUUAAUAAUUGUGCAAAACUGAAAAAAAAACAUUGAAAGAAUGAGACGAUUUACGAUAUAAUGCUUUUAAUAUUAUCAAUUUUGUUUCUUCAUUGUAAUUUAGAUAAAAAUAUUUGUAGAGACUUAAAAUUUGAACAGAUAAACUAUAUUUUCCUUUUCUAGAAAGUAAAAUUUUCAAAACAUUUGAGCUAUUUAUAGACAUUUAAAUUUUGCUAUUUUUUUUACGUAAAUUUUAAUUUGGUAAAUACUCUAUAGAUAAAAUAGUUAAGACUAAACAAAAUAUUUAACAAUUCAACAGGAAUUUCAUUAUAAUUCGUAAUUUGUGAUAAAAAAAAAAAUUGAGUGUAAUGUAAAAUUUUUUUUAUACGAAUUUUAAUAUCAAAUGCUGACGAAAAUUAUAAAUAUUAUAGCCUUUCAAGAUGUAUUUUUUCAUUAACAAUAAUUAAUCGUUUCGUACAGAUAUAUAUUUAAUUCCCCUUUAUACCCUAUCUUACCAACUUCUCACCUACAACAGUAACCCACCAAUUGUGCGAAGUAUGUCCGUCAUUUUUGUAAAUUAUAUAUAUAUAUAUAUUAUUUGUACAUAUGUAGGUAAUUAAUAAUUAUAAUUUUUUUAUGGAAAUAAUAUAUUUUUAAUAAAUCUCCAAUAAAAAAAGUUUGGCCACCACUGGACUAUAUUAUUUAGAUAAAAUGGUUCCCGAUCAAAAUAUUUACUAAAAUAAAAUCUAGAUUUAAUAUUAUAAUUAUUGUUUAAUUUAUUUUUUAGUAAGAAAUAUAAAUAAUAGUAUUUUAUAUAUAAAUGUUUAUAUACUGUUUCUUAAUCCUAUUGAUAAUAUUAUUAUGCUAAUUAUAAAUAUAGACGUAUAUAAAGUAAUUAAUUAUGUUUAAACAAUAACCGUAUUAUUGUAGAGCAGAAUAUGCGAUGCAGUUGGAGAUGUCCACGAAAAACUAACGAGCCCUGUGAUAUUUUUCUCCUAUGGUAUGCUGCUCACGAUUAUUGGCAUUAUAGGUAUAAUAGGAAACGGCCUGGUCCUCUUCGUGUUCACUAGGUAUAGUAUUCUGGUUUUUUUUAUAAUAUUUAGCUCAAGUAUAGCACUUGGUCUUAAAUUCAAACCCGUUGAAGUGUUUGCGUUCAAAACUCAACAAAUCCGCGGUGUGUAACAUGUAUUCCUUAAUUCAUCUGUGAUGGCUUCGACGGUGGCAUCAUGAAAUAUUAAUGGAACGUCGUUUUAAACAGUGUUAUUUUGAAACCUAAAUCUAUAAUAAUAAUAAUUAAAUAUCAUAACUGUCAUUGGUUAUCGCCAUAAACAAAUGAGAUAACAAACACAUCUAGUUCACCACAUCUCAUCAACCUACUCGGAAACACGACGGGUGAUAAAGCCAUCUUUGAUACCAUCAGAGAUUUUCGGAUUUAAAUAAGAACAACACCGAUGGCAUCGUUGCCAUCAAAUAUGAAUUAAGGAACACAUGGACUGUAUGUCAUUAUAACAAUAAUAUAUAAUAUUUUGUACUAUUAUUUCCACUACUUACGUAGAAUUUGUAUUUUCUAAAUAAAAAUUAAUAAAUUCAAUUAUCCUAUGUACAGGAAUGCUUCGUACGAAUAUGUAUUAUUAUAAUUUACUCUGAAAUAUUUUGUUGCCUAUGUUAUCUAAUUACUAUUGAGAUUUUCUAUUACUGCGGUUUUCAAAACCACUCAAUAUGUAGGUAAGAUUGUUAUAGCUGUUUAAAAAAAAAAAAACCCCGUAUUUUAUUAUUUAAAAUGUAUUCGCUUAAACGUAAAUCAAAUAAAUAUGUUAAGGUAGAAGUUUAAUAACAUCUUAAAUACACAUACGAGUAUAGUAAAUUACAGGUAUAAUAUUAUUAUGAUUUACUUUAUACGUACAACGUACCUAUAUUUCCCUACUGUAAAACAUACUGAAUAAACAUUAAACUUAUUAGACUUGACAUAUUUUAAUAUUUCAUGAAAAUUGUGUAGCUGUCACGAAUCGUUGCGAUUUAUGUUUAUUUUGCAUGGGCUGUACGACACUUGGGCGCGGGACAAUUGGGCGCGGACAUUUAGGUGCAAUGGCAAUUGACUGCUGUACAUUUGGGCGAACAUGUAUUAUUUAAUUCAAAUUGUAAUAAUACUAUAAUACAAUAUCUUCUUAAGAAUAUUUUACCCUGAACUCGAUAAUAUAGAUAGUAUUAUAAAAUCUACACAAUUUGUAUCAAUUAAAUUUAUUAUCAGUAAUUUUUUUUUUUAAGUGUACACAAAUAUUUUAUUGGAUAUGUUAAAGCUUUUAUAUUAAUUCAAAACUGUAAACACAAUUUUGUUUUACAAAUAAAAAUAUAAGUAAAAAAUCAUAAAAUUAUAAUUUAACAUUUAGACAUUAUAUUAAUACAUUAAUUUUAUUGAAAUAUUAUGAUCAAUUUUGAGCAAUGCCUUUCAAAAUAUCAUUUAUAUCACAGUUUUCAAAAUCAUUAGAGGUUUCUUUGAUUUUAGAAGCUGUCUUUAUAUUUUUUAAGCUUUUGAAUCGGUUCCGUUCUAGUUAAAAAUUGCUACAUUUUUAAACGAUUAACUUUUUUUUCAUUUUUUAGCGCGUCGAUAAACUUCCAUAUCGAAGGAUAGAGUGCAUUUAAUGUUGAAUUAACAUGAACAAAAUAUACUAAAUAAGUAUUGAAACUCGUAUUAUUGUUAGAUUAUACAUUCUUAUCCAAAAUCUUUUGAUCUUUCUUUAAUUACUGAGCAACUGAUAAUUGAAGAUAUUGGCAAUAGAAAGAAAUAUUUAAAAGUACAAUAAAACGCUGAUUAUCAAAACGCCAAUCAACCGAGCAUACGAAAAAAAAAAAAAGGUCUAAUAAUAACUUUUAUUGCAUUGAACAGCAACAAUUAUAUUGUACACGUUUAGAAUCUAUACUAUAGAUACUGCAAUAAAAUCUAGAAUUUAUACCUUAAAUUUCAUGUAUUAUUAAUUUUGAAUAUUAUUGAUAUUCGCUCCCAAUUGUUUUGCACCCAAUUGCCAUUGCGCCUAAAAGUCCCGCACCCAAUUUUCCGCGCCCAAUUGUCGGCAUACGUUAUGCAUAAAUGCAAUGCGUAAUAUAAAAUAUUAUUCCCGCACUAUUUAUUUUAGAUUUUAUAUUAUUUUCAAAAUAUAUUAAUUUCUUUAUAUUUAUAAAACCUAUUAAACCAUGCAUGUAGACGAUUUUUAUAAUCAUUUAUAGUUUACGCGAAUAAUAAUACAUUACAGCAAUUUGUAAAUAUGUAUUAAUUUCCUAAGAGAUUUCUUUUUAAAAAAUAUUUUACUUUGCUAAAUAUAAUUACUCGUAUAAAUACCAACCUAUAUAUUAUUGAAUAUUGCUUUUGAAUUCUGAGCGAAAUGAGGAAUAUCUUUAUUUUACUACGAUGUUUUUUUUAUUUUUGUGUAAACAAUUUUUCUACCAGAAAUCUUCCUCUAACCAAAAACUUCAUAAGAAUUUUCUUGUAGUUUUUUUUAAUUUUUGGUAUAAUAUUUAUUGAUUUCUGGGUUACCUUGGCAACAAAGAAAAUAUUACGACAAAUAAUACUGUCCUUAGAAUCAUUUUUCAUUACUCAUAAACAAUAGUUAGUCGUUACGUACAGAUAUAAAUUAAAUUACUCUAUACAGAGUGUCCCACGAAGAUAUGAACAAAAUAAUUCUUAUAAAGAGGUACAGCAUAUUUGCACCCCAGAGUAGCCCAUUUACACCCCAAGGGAUGUAGACAGUUGCUCCCGAAAAAUUAGAUACUACCCGUCGAUUUAUAGCCCAUAUCCGCAUACAACAUUGCCAUUUCAUGUUAUGGAUUUUCAAAAUUACGAUGAAAACAUAGAUUAGGUGGAUUAGUAGCUCGUAGUAAUUAUAAUAAUAAAUUGUCUUCAUACUAUAAUUUAAUUUUGAUAAUUUUUCGUUUAAAAAAAUUAGCUUGGUAAUAUGACAAUAACUUACAUAAAAUUCUAUUAAAGUAUUAAUUGAAUAACUUUACAACUAUUACUUAAUCACACAAAAUGUUUUCUACUAUAGUCGAUCUUACAAAAAUAAAAUGGAGUAUAAAUAAUAUAAAAAUUAGAUUUUGAAAAAUGUGUUUAGUACAUGCAGUUAUUAUAAAAAAAAAUAUUGUCAACUGUUUAAAUAUUUUUAAUAACAAUAAAAAAAUGAAUUUAUAUUAUAAAAUCAUGAAAUAAUACAGUUUGGCAACGUUUCACGGUUUAAACGCGUUUUUAUUAAAAAUAUUUCGGGCGCAAAUGGGUUAUGAUUUCGGAGGCGACUGGAUUAUAAAAAAAGUGUGAUGGGCGCAAGUGGGCUGCACCAUUAUAAAGUAUCAACAUUUUUGAAUUUUUCUAUUUCUGACCAUUUAAGAAAUAAGUUGAUCUAAAAUAUUAUAUUAUUUGUCACUUUGAUGUGGGGGUGAUUUUCAAAUGACAACUUGUAACAAAAAUCCAUACAUAAAUAGAGUAUUAGUUUAAAUACAUUUUUGUGUUGACAUUUUUUAAUUCCAUCAAACCGUUGACAAGAUAAUUACAUUUUAAGUUUAGGUAGAGAGAGGAGUAGUGAAUCACUAUUCGAACGUUGCGUGCCAUACCACCAUACAAAUUACAUUCCGCUAUUUCCCCAUAAAAAAAAAAAAGUAAAAGUAGAAUAUUUUAUCAACAGGUUGACGGAAAUCAAAAAUUUCAAUAACAAAAUGUAUUUAAACUAAUACUCCGUCUAUUCAUGAAAUCGUUCUUAUAUACAUCCCUAUGAAAAUUAUAAAUAGGCCAAAUUAUAAUAGGUUCACCCCAAAAAUAACGGUGACACAAAAUAAUGGUAAUGUAACAUUUUAUAACUACUUGUUUCUUAAAUUGUUAAAAAAAAAGUUAAUACUUCCCAAAACAUCGCAAUGUUUAUAUCUUCGUAAGACGAGACACCCUAUAUCCUGUUAAAAUAGUGGCACACCCAUCAGCAGUAUCAUCUUUUUUUAAUUUUAUACAAUCUAGGUACAUCAUAAAUUGUUCUUAUAGCCCUAUACAGACAUCAAAAAUUUGAAUUCAUGAUUUUGUUUUUAAAUACGAGUAAUAUAUAUACAACGAUUAAACCAUUACUAACAAAAAAACGAUUUUGAGCAGAGUUCGGUUGUUAAUGUUGUUAUAUCAAGUGUUAGUAGGUACAUAUUAAACAAAUAUUAUUGAAAAAAAGAUUUAACGCUUACGUAAUUAUUUGACCAUAAUAUGACAUAUAUAUUGUUGACAAUGCAACACUAUCAACUGAACUCCGCUCAGAAUCGUUUUUUCAUUAGCAAUAGUUAAUCGUUGCUUAAAGGUAUAAAUUAAAUUUCCUCUCUCCUACCUUCUCAUUUUCAACAGUGGCCCACUAACGAUGAAGUUGCCCAGUUUUUUUUUUUUAUAUUAUUUGUUUAAUAUUGUACCUAUUUUCCAGUUUUUCCUAAGUUUUUACCGGGUUUCCAAUUUAUUAAAAAAAAAAACCUGGGAAAAUCUAAAAAUAACCUCAUUAAAGUACCUCUCCAAUCAGAUUUCCCAUCAGAAAAAAUAUUAUCAUUAUAAAUAGGAGCAAAAUUGCUGGUAGAAACACUAUCCAUAGAAAAAUAAUGAACAUUAAACAGAAACGAGGUAUGUCGUUUCACUCAAAAUCUAAAACACGAGAACUUUUAAUUUAUUUUAUCACUAUAAUAUGAAUAAAAUUUGAUCUUUUUACAAUUUUUAAAUUUAUCAAAAUAUGUUAAACCGAACAGAGAAUCGUUUUCCGUUAGGAAUGACUUAUCGUUGUAUACAGUUAUCAAUUAAUAUACCUACUCAACAUACUUAAUAUGCAGGCGUCUCACGAAUAUAUACCUAUAACAUAAUCUCCUGAGGUAAUAAAGAUAAUCAGAUUCUGUGUUUCUAUAACACGCGCAGGGGUAAGGAAUAAAUUAAUAAAUAUAAAUGUCUAUAUUUCGAUUGAAUUUUUAUGUUUUGCUAAAAACUUAAUAACUUUUUAUUCUUCUGAAAAUGUUGACAUUUCAAAUUUGUAUUUUCAUUAAAUUCGUGAUACAAAUCACAUUCUCUAAUUUAUUAUUAAAAUUAUUACUUUGGCUAAUUGACUUAUGUUUUUUUUUUCUGCACUUUACAAAAUUAUAAAAAUCACGAAUUUAAUGAAAAUAAAAUUUGAAUAAACGUCAACAUUUUCAGAAGAAUAAGCUCUUUAAAACCUUUAAAUUUUUCAAUCAUAAUAAAAUAAAAAUUAUUUUCUUAAAUUUUUAUACCAAAACGUAAAAAAUUAAUUUAAAUAUAAACAUUUAUAGUUCUUAUAUUCUUGUAAGUAAUAUAAAAAAAAAAUAAUAAUAAUUUGAUUAUCUUUAUUAUUUUCAGAGAUAUUUCAUUGGAUAUAUCACCGUAGGAUACCUGUAUAUCCUAUCUUCCCAACUAUCCACCUACAGUGGCACAUUCAUGGUAUAAUUAUCAGUCUUAUUUUUUUUUUUAGAUUCAGACGGUUAAAAGGUCCUUUUUCUACAUUCGUAUUAAACUUGGCAAUAGCUGACUUUUCUACUUCAAUUUUACAUUUCAUGCCAGCUGUGUCAUCGUUCAAACAUGAAUGGAUCUUUAAAGAUACAGGUAACGAAAAAAAUUAACAUUAUUCCAUUUUCAAAUUAAUUAAUCAAACAGUACAGAAAUCCAAAUAUUUCACUAAGUUUUUGACAAAACUAGUUACGGGAUUAAAACUUAAAAGUAGGUAUAAUAAUAAUAAUAAUAAUAAUAACCUAACCGUGGUAGUAUUUCCCACAGGAAAAAUGAUAUAGUCAACUAUAAAGUGAAUUCCUCCACUCUACAAAAACAAUACCAAAUGCUUAUUGGAAUCACUUACCUGAACUUUGUAUCAGUCAAAACUCGGGGCCCCAGGUUCGCUAAAACCGUAGCAUUACAUGCUUCCUCUGAGGUGUUAUAAUUCUGUAAUAUAGUCUUAAUAAAACUUGCUGUUAAAGUAUUAUGACCUUUUUAAUACCGAUUAAAUAACAUACAUAAUAUUAAUAAACUUAUAUUAACUUGAAAACUGCAGUCAUAAUAUUUAUGCUGUAUCGUUUUUUCAGAGAAAUAUACAAGUGUUGAAAAAUAAAUUAAUACAUAAUUUAAUUUUACUUAAAUAUCUUCACAAAACUAGAAGAAGUACAAUUUAUUAACAUUUUAGAUACAAAGCGUAGCAAGAAAUCUCUUGGUUUUACCAUGAUUUAUGUUUUUAUUUUAUUUUUGUGCCUGUGAGCAACUUUUUUACCAGAAAUCUUACUGCGAUGUAUAGCAUCUUUUCUAAAAGAAAAUUUGAUCUCGUUAGUAUACAAAAAAGAUGAUUUUUUGAUUUUCCAAGGGGUUUUGGAAAUAAUUGAGAAAACAAUAUUAUAGGUGAAACGUAAAUAUUAAAAAACAUAAAAAAAAAAUUAAGUGUAAUGUAGAAUUUUUUUUAUAAGAAUUUUAAAAUAAAAUUUUGACGAAAAUCGUAAAUAUACUUUCAAAAAAUAAAUACUACUUUUCAAAACCUGUACAACCAAACUUCGCUUAUAAUCAUUUUUCAUUAGCAAUGAUAAAUCGUUGGUUCAGAUAUACAUUAAAUUCCCCUAUAUACCCCAUCUUUCGAACUUUUCACCUACAACAGUGGCCCACCCAUCGUGCGGAGUAUGUCCAUCUUUUUUUAUUAUUGUUGUCCAUUGGAUAAAUAAUAAUAAUAUUAUCCAAAUAUAAUCCGAUUAUAGUUUAUCCAAAUUUCUAAGUAAACGCAUUUUCGACGACUACUACAAAAACUUAAAUUUUGAACUACAUAGAUACUUUAUACCUAAACUAUUUAAACACUUCAUCGAUUUUUGUAUGUUGUAUUUUGAAUUUAUUUUAUAUUUUGACUAAUUUGAAAAUAUUUAAAACCUUUACUUACACGCAAUACACUUAAAUUUGAUUUUAAUAAUUUGUCCAAUUAUAAUGAAAACCAAAUAAUUACAAUUUUAUUUUUAAGUAAAAGUUUAGAAUAAUUGAUUAGCUCGACACAGCUUUAUUAUAUAUAAAAUAUAAUCAGAAAAUGUCUUUACUUUAGAUAUCGUUCGAUUAUAACCAAAACUAGUAUUGUGUAAGUUUAAAUUUAUGAUUUUAACUAGAUAAAGUCUAGUCAUUCAUAGAAAAAUAUUUUCCAUUAUAUAUAAACAAUAUGAUUAUAAAAUCGACGAAGAGAAAAAUUAUAUUUUUCCUUCAAGUUGUUAAGUAGAUUGGAUAGCAAAACGUGUUUUGAAUGGAAAUACUUUGUAAUAGUCCAAUGAUUUUCUAUACAAUUCUUUAAUGAUACGACGAGUAAUGAAUUUGAAAGUAUUCAAUCCACACGCUUUGGAAAACUACAAUAAGUGCAUUAACGCAUUAACGAUUUAAAAUCGUUAAUGCUUAACUAGAUUUAAUAUAAUAUUACCUAUAUUGUUGAUUAAUAUUAUGUUAUUUAUUAUAUCAUAUACUUUAAGAUUAAUAAGUUUUUAAUACCUAAUAUAUUUAAUAAUAAAUCUUUUCAACGUAAUUUCAAACUUCCAACUAUAUUUAAAUUCAAAAUUUAAGAAAUAAUGGUUAAUUUAAAUAUAAUACUGAAAUUGAUUUACUUUAAGUGCCCAGCCACUGACUUUUGGCCAUAAAUACCAGAAGUUUUAAUCCAUUUCAAAUUGUUUGCUUGUACACGCACGUAUAGUAUGUAAUGAUAUUACUGAAAUACGAAUAAGACAUUGAAAAAAAAUGCUUAAUAAAUUAUACUCAUUAAAAUGUGUGUUUUCUCUAAUCAGAAUCAAAGAGAAUUUCGUCACAUUAUUCGGCAAACUAAAUAUUACGGAGAUAUUAAGUAUUAUAGUCAUAAGCGUACAAGUUCAUUCGACUAAACGAGUUGUUUACUAUGUUCAUUUUUCGUAGGAUGUACAAUAUAUGCGUUUGGCGUGGGACAAUUCGGUUUAGUAUCAAUUGUAACUCUUUCUACCAUAGCGGUAGAAAGAUACCUCGUGAUAACGGCGAAACCCGUGUCAGGAUCUUGGAAAUUAACGCGACAAGGUGCAACAAAAGUAAGUAAAUAGUUUAAUAAAUACAUUAAUUUAAUAUAAGCUAUUUUUUUUUUUUUAAUUUCAGCUUUUCAAAUUGUGUUUUACAUAUAAUUACCGUUUUAUUAUGUAUGAUAUACCUUUUGUCGAAUUUUCCCCUAAAAUAGAUACUAUAUUCCUAUUGUAUUGUGUCUGUUAUAUAUUUAUAUAUAAUAUAUCAUAUAGGUAUAAAUAUAAAUAGCUGACUACUUUUGGAUAUUUCUAACUGCUCUCAAAGGACCACGUUAGAUUAAACUCAAGAAUGAGGAUGGCUGGAAGUAAUGAAAUUUUGUUCGAAUUUCAAUAACCUUACCAUAUUGUUUCGGAAGAAAAAAUUUGUUUCGCUUUAUAUAACCCUGCAAACACCCAAAUUAAAACAAGAUAUAAUUUUGUAUUGCAUAGUAUAAGUAUCGAGAACCUUUUUUGAGAGUUUCAACUUUGAACCCCUUUUCCACCUCAAUCAUUUUUGUAAUCAAAUUUUAUCUGUUCACAUGAAAUACCGGGUUUUAAAUACCCCUAUAUACUAAAAUGUAGUAUAACUCUGGCAACCAUAAAUAGGUGUAUUAACUAUUUUAGAUUAGUUUUUCAAAAAAAGAGCUUAUACUGCUGAUUGGUGUUUCACUAUUGUAGGUGGGACGUUGAGAAGGUAGAAUACAUAAAAAUAUUUAAUUUUUAUCUAUAUACAACGCUAAUACUAACGAAAGACGAUUCUGAGCGAAGUUCAGUCAAACAUAUUUUAAAAUACCAUGAUUUUUAAGAUUUUCGUCAAAAUUUUAAAUACAUGUAAAAAAAAUUACUAAAAUUACACUCGACUUUUUUUUACCUUUAAAUACUGCAUUUUACAGUGAACCUCGAGUUAACUUUCGAAACGUUUCUAUUCGACCAAACAAUUUUAUCCAUAUUAAACCAAAUAAAAACUAAAACAAUUAAACAUUUCAAAUGCCUAUACAUAGCUUAAAAGACAUCACGUCUAUAAAAGGACAAUAUAAGUACUUUGUGAAAAUAUCAAGUCUACACAUAUUUUUUUAAUCGAAUUACAACAUAAACACUCAAAAAUCGAAAAUAAUGAAACCGUUACCUAAUGCCAUAAACUUUCCCAGUUUUCCGAAGUUUUCGCUCGGUUUUUUCCAAUUAUAAAGGUCUCUUUUCCUAUUUUUGAUUGGAACAAUAAUUCCAGUGGAAAAAUAGUUUACAGUUGUAAAAAAAAAGUUUUAUAAUACACGCUUAACAUUUUAUUAAUUAUAUAAUGCUAUAAAUAUCGACUUCUUAGAAAAAUGUUGUAAGUCAGUUUAAAUAAAUUGUACAGGAGAAACGACAAACUGUGUCAACUGAUUUUCAGAUGUACCAAAAUAGUCAAAAUUUUGAUUUGCGAGGUUAAUGCUGGGUCGCCGACGAUAUUUCAUGUUAAUUAUCGCGAAAAUCUAUUUCAAUAAUGCACAUUCACACCGUUAAAUUGAAACUUAAAUGUAUAAUAUAUACACACACAUUCUAUUAUUCGAGUUCAACCAAACUUGUACACUGCGCUCGUAUUUUUUGUGUAGCUUAUGGUUAUACAAUAUUGUAUUGUACAUUGAAAAUGAAAAUCUAUUCAAUAAGGUAUUUUCAUCAUUAUAGUAGUUUAUAACAGAAAGAUUUGUGUGGCAUUUUUAAAUGAACACUGGUAAAUUUCAAGUGGUAUUUUGCGAAUUAUUAGGUACAUACCCGACUUCAACAUUCCUAUAAUAUUAAAAUUAAAUUAAUUUGGAAUAAUUUAUAAUUCAUUAAAAUCCAUUAAAUGCGCGUGGCAAAGUUGGCAAAUUAAAUAGGUACUUUGAUAUGUGUUUGAAAAUAAUAAUUAAUAUAAAAUAAUGUAUUAAAAGUUAAAAGCUUAUUCAUAACGAUUAAAUUAUUUAUCGAAAUAGUUUUCUUAUUAGGUAUCUAAAAAUCCCCAAUAAAAAACAGAAAGGAAACAGACAAUUUAGAAAAAUAACGAUUUCGUUAUUUCCGAUUUUAUAUCUCUGUUAAAAAUAUUUUCAAAAUACUCGAGCAAUUUCUGAGCUAUUCAUAGACAUUUGACAUAAAUACAUUUUCGAGUCUCUUUAGUUUUCAUUUGGUAGAUACUACGUGGAUAAAAUUAUAUUCUAAUCUAUCAAGUGUAGAACUUCUGAGAAAAAACUGUAUCUAUCAUUAAGAAAAUCAAGGUGUUUUCAUAAUAAUUGAAAAAACCGGUAAAAAUUAUCAGAAUAAAGAUAAAUAUUUACGGCCCGUCGCCGUCGUGAAGUUACGAUUUCAUUAUUUAAAAUUUGUACGGCUUAUGUUUUAUACCAGAAAUAUUGCUCCAAUAGAAAGACAACAAUUAGCUUUUUUUAUUACAUUUUAGAUCUAGAUACAAGAAUAACCGACAAAGAAAGUCGGUUUUUUAUUUUCCAAAGAGUUUUCAUAAUAAUUAGGAAAAACCGGGCAAAAACGUAAAAUGAAAACUAAUAAAAAUACGGAGUACGAUUUCAUUAUAUUAAAUUUUUAAGCUUUUGAGCUUACUCUGCUCUACAAGAAAUAUUUCUCAAAUAGAAAAACAAUAAGAGACCUUUUUUGUUGCAUUUUUAAUAUACUUAGUGAGUAAAAAAGUCGUUUUUAGAUUUUCCUUAUAGUUUUUAUAAUAAUUGAGUGAAACCAAAAAAAAACUUAGAAAUAAAGGGAAAAUUUACGAAAAUAACACUUUCAUUAUUUUCAAUUUUGUUGUUUUAAUUCAGUUAUAAAUAUUCAUAAAAACUUAUAUUUGCUUAACAGGAGUUAUUCAUUAUAAGUCGUACUUAGAAAUUUAAAAGAAAUGAGUUUAAUGUAAGGAUUAUUUUUUAUUCUAAGAAUUUUAAUAUCAAAUUUUUAUGAAAAUCAUAAAUAUUAAGGCCUUUCAAAACAUGUAAAACCGAAAUUCGCUCCGAGUCGUUUUUUCCUACCCUGGUCUAAGCAAUGGUUUAUCGUUACUUACAGAUAAAUUACUUUAUGUAUCCUGCUUUCCGAACUUCCCACCUACAAAAGAAGCACACCCGUCCUCCUUAUCAGCUCUUUUUCAUUUAAAUACGUGUAUAUUACAUACGCGUUUAAUGUUAAUAUUCUAUUAGAAAUCGUAAAAAUCGCAAAAUUUUGCUUGGGUACAAUAGUACGAUUUGUAUGAAUGUAAUUUUUAAUUUUUUGUUCGUUAAUUGAUCAUUUUACACGUUUUUAAUUUUGAACUUAUUUAAUAAGAUCUUUGGUAAUAGUAAGUUUAAUAAUCUAUAGUCAAUAAAAAGCAAUUUUUAUCUUCUCAUUUCUUUUUUCCAUUAAAAGCUGUAUUUAUUAACAGUAUUUAUGUCAAUAGCCAUUGUUAAAAGUACACAUGGUAGACCACAAAGGUACACCGUACACAUCCUAAAGGCUAAAAUACAAACAACUUUAUCAUUUUUCGUUGUAUUUUCAAUAGUAUCAUAGACCAGUGUAGGACCACCAUCAUAAAAACUUGAUUCUUAUCUUUGGCUGAUAAAGUUUUAUUAGAUUUACUUACGAUUUACACGUUACACAUUUUCGAAAUAUGAAUUUUAGUAGUCGUCUUAUUAUUGCUCGUUAAAAAUCUAUCUUAAUUAAUAAGCUCACGAAAUAAUAAGAUCUUGACUCGUUUAAGUCACUUUAAGUGCACUGUCAAACAGUAUAGUCAAUAUUCAUAAAAAAAUAUCCCAUGUUUCGACAUUUCCUAUUGUAUUUAUACCGAAACAUAAUGAACUAAAGUAGCACGAUAAUUCCAACAUACAUAGGCAAAUAAUGUGAUAUUCUAAUAUUACGUAACAUUUACCGACUAACCGUAAUAUAUGUUAUGUAUUAUAAAUAACUAUACUAAAAACUAAAUAUAUGCUGGAUAUAUUUAUAAUUAUAAACUUAUAAAUAUAUAAAUAAAUGAACAAAGGUAUAAAAAAGUAUAGAUAAAUAUUAUAGAUAUAAUAUUGUCUUCACCCCAACUAUUUGAGAUUGGCCAUUCUCGUUCUAAACUUCCACUUGACCAGAUUUUCAACUCUGUAUACACCAGCUAUCAUUAUAGAUAUUAUACAGAGUGAUUUUUUUAUCAUGAACCAACAAUUUUCUCGAAAGCUUUGACGUGAAUUUGAUUUUUAUUUUUUUUUAAUCAUUAUGGAAUCGGUUAAGUUUUAUUUUAAAACUAUUUUUUAAUUAUUUACCCCUACACGGUACUCCAAAUACCUUAAAUAAAUACAUACUUUAGUUUUACAAAUAGAAGCCCCAUUUUGAACACAGAUUGGAAUAGAGAACAUAUACUAGACAUGUUGAUAUGCAUAGCACUAUUAUAAUAUUUAUUGUUUAUGAGUUAUAACCGUUUAAAGUUUGCACAGGAAGAGUAGGGAAGAAUUAUCAAUGUAUCAUUUCAAAAUAGAUAUGCGAUUUAUUAACCUUCCGGUCUAAACUUUGAAUGGUUAUAACUCAUUAACAGUAAAUCAAUAACAGUAAAUGGUGUUACGCAUAUCAAAAUGUUUAGAAAAAUAUUUUUAGUAUAAUCUGUGUUCAGAAAGGGGAGUUCCUAUUUGAAAAACAAAUGUAUAAACUUAUUUAAUAUAUAUGGAGUAUAGAGAUGAACAAUUUCAAAUAGUUUCAAAAUAAAACCCAACUGAUUCUAUAAUGAUUUAAAAAAAAAAAAAAACAGAAAUCAAAUUCACUUAAAAUCUUCAGAGAUAAUUGCUAGUUCACGAUAAAAAAAAAUCACCCUGUAUGUAUAUAUUUCCGUUUAUGCUAUGUAUAUUUCUAUUGAACAAUUUUACCUUAAACAAUUUAAAUUUAUUUCACAAUGUAGUUGAAAGUUAAAAUCUGAACAUUUUUUUCAUUAAAUUAUCGAAUUAUUUGAUGAAAUAGGUUUGAUAUAUUAUAAAUUAUAUAAAUGUAUCGUACAAGUAUCAAACUAUGAGUCCUACCCUGCAGCUAACAGAAUACACUACACAACAAUAAUUCUUAAUUUUUAAUUGAAUAUCCUAGAUUAGUCUCUUUUUUAUUUAUUUGUGUUUGAUUUAAAGGUUUGUGUGUUUGUAUGGAUAUACUGUUUAUCGAUAACUUUGCCUCCGGUGUUCGGCUGGUCUAAAUACGUGUUGGAAGGUUUUGAAACAUCGUGUUCAUGGGAUUAUACGACUAAAACACUCUCAAAUCGAUCAUUCUACAUUUAUAUGCUAGUCCUCGGAUUUGUUUUACCAGUUUCAAUCAUUACGUAUUGCUACGUGUUUAUCGUUAUGUCAAUACUCGAUCACAAUAAAGAAAUGGCCGAUUGUAAUAGCAACAUUAGAUCGGUUGGUUCAGGUAAGGGUAAUUAUACGAUGGUAUCAGUAUUUUAAGUUUAGUCAUAACUAAAUAAACAGGCAUGUCGGCCCAGACUUGGAAUUAAUGAUUAUUUUAUUAAAAUCGGUUAGUUUUCUUCGCGGUUAUUGCAAGGAAUGAUGAUGCACAGCACAUCUUGCUUCGAAACAUAAACCCGGUCUAAGACAUUUCGGCAUGGCUGUUUCGGCGCGAGGUAACUGUCAUCAAGUUAAAUUUUAUAUUAUUGUAUUUUAUUUUAAGCCACACACAAUAAAAUCAGACUCUUAUAAAGCAAAGUAAAUGAAUGUGGUAAACAUUAUUACUGACACAUUCUGACAUAAUAAAAUUAAAUGAUAAAUAACAAAUACUAAUAUAGCACAAGUAAAAAUAAUAAAUUAUAUAAUAUAAGAAUAAUACUAAAAUACUAAAAAUUAAAAAAUAUUCAAUUCAUUAAACUACAAUUAUGUGCUAUUCCUCUUUACAAUCACAUAGUAUUACGAUUAUUAUCAUAGCCGAUGACUAAUUUGACAAUAUACGUUCGUCGACGCCGAUAUAUAUUUUCUUCUUUUACGAUGGACUUUUGCCUGUUUCUAAUUGACGUACAAAGGUGUCCCAGUCACUUUGUAAUUACCUUAAACAUGCUAUACAAGCCCAUAGUUUCGAAUAGUCAACUGUCAUUAGAAGAUUAAGCUGACGGUAUGGUUUCCGUAUGGUUGUUCGGUUUUGUCAAAAAAAAUAACAUUAAUAAGGGGAUAAAUGUCAUCAAAGUAUUUAUCUAAUACAAUAUAUACUUGUGAAAAUAAACGAGGCGUGACUUUAAAAGUACCAACUACAUACCAAUUGGCAGAAUCUAAUAAAAUAUUUAAGUUUUGAGGAUUACAAAAAAUUAAUUUCUAUCUUUGACUCCAGACAAUUUCAUGCCCAAAAAUUGUUCAAUGGGAGGAGAUGUAGUAAAUAAAAAUCGCAAAAUCAUAUUCUCUACCCAACUCGACUAUGGGAAUCGAUAAUUUAAAAUCGGAUCCUAAAAAAAGCCAAUUUCUAAUCAAUACAUUAAGAUUUUCUUUGUAACUUGGCCGAAGUAUAUGUAUUUCGAUAUUAAAUUACUUAUAUUUGUUUUUAUUGUUAAGCCAAUGAGGGGAUAUAACCCCAAACUAUCCCCUCCUCCUGGGGACACCACUGACACCAGGUUCACUAUCGUGUAAUGCAAUUUGUUCUCUAUCACUUUAGGAUGGUGAAUACAGCAACAAUUAUUAUUAAAGUAAUAAAAUCUUCAGGAGCAUCAGUUACAGCGUGAAUUUCACGUCGUAUGCGUCUUAUUUGUUUUUUAAAAUUCCGUCGGCCAGCAAAGCUCCUUAAGUAGUUGAAAAUAAAUUCUUAAUUAAAAUUAGUUGUAUAGGAAAUUUUGAUAUUACCUUUGCUACUUAUGACAAUCCACUAGUACAUUCCUUCAUUAUAUUUUAUGUAAGACCCACUGUGCUCGUUUUUCAUCUUAAUGGCUGCAAAAUUAGCUUCAAUUUCAGUUGCCUCCGAGAUAUGUGUCAAAUAUUAAUUUAUUCUUUUUAAAACCUAAUGGUAGUCAAGAAAUAAAUACUAAACUUUAUUUUAUCCUUAUAUUAAAAGUAAUGAAGUAUUAAAUUACCUCCGAAGUUUCAACUGAUGUAUGAAUUUUUGCCUUGCACGUAUCUUUGUAACAUCGUCAAAAUAGUUUUAAUUUAUUUGCACAAAAUACAUCAAAAAUAUACAUAUACGCAUCAUGGAUAAAUAUACACUUCAUGCUCAAGGAAAGUUUCCAUUACUUGUACCAUGGUGGCUAGUUGACAACUACGAGUAAUUUGAUAUUAUAUUCAACAAUCGAGAUAACUUAUAGGUAUUACAGAUAUUAUAUUGUAUCUUGUGCGAUAAUAAUAUAAAUUAUUGCUUUUGUAAUUUCUAACAAUUACAAAUAUAUGAUAUACUAUGAUUUAUAUUAAAUUUUGUGGAUAAUUUUUACAGAUAAAUUGUAUAGAUUUACAAAAUAUAAAAUAUAUUUAUAAGUAUAUGAGCCUGGUUUUAUUGUGUAUGGCUUAAUAUAAAAUAUAAUAAAAUAAACUAUAUAACCUGAUGAUUUAACGAUCUAUAUUAUUUAUUUACUAUGAUUUUAAAUAAUUUUAAACUAGUUAAAAUUUAAAAAAUAAUUUUGUAUGUCGAAAUGACCAUGCUGAAACGUCCGGUUCCGGCACAAACCUAUUGACUAUUGACUAUAAUAUAGUACAACUGCCCGUGUCUCUACAUUACUCAUUAGUCAUAACAAUAUAAUAGCUAAUUUUUAAAUUAAAUAAAUAAAUAAAUCCAUACGCAAUGUUAAAAUGAUAUCCAUACUUGUCAAGCUAUAAAUAAAUACGAUUUUUUGAUUUUCAAAUAGCAUUACAUAAUCUUCUAGGUAUCUCAUACUUGAAACGAGAAUAUUGUUUUCUUGGAAUACCAUUAAACCGAAUUUCCGAAUAAUUUAUUAUUAAAAUUUUAGUUGAAGUUUUGAUUGAUAAAGUAAGGGAUGGUUGUAUAAAAGUAAACAUGAAAUGUACCUACCUAUUAUACGGCUAUACCUCUCUUUAUUUUACUAGUUAUUUGACUUGAAAGUUGCAUUUUAUUAAAAAGUAUUUCUUUUGUUUUCACAGAGAGUUGGGAUUACAGAUUGUCAUUAAAUGUUGCCAGACGAGGUCAAGCUGUUCCUAUUCGAUCUGCGCUUAGAACUUCGUACAUAAUAUUGAUUUUAAUCGGUUUGUUUAUGAUCUCGUGGACACCUUAUGCAGUUGUUACAUUUGUUGGCCAGUUUGGAGACGAAAAAACAAAAAUAGAACCAUGGAUAUCUGCUCUUCCAGCUUUAUGUGCUAAGGUAUUCUAAUACCUUUUUACAUUAUUUACACUGCUUUAAUUAUUAAAAUUUAUUAGAUGAACUCGCAUAAUGUCACUUCUAAUCAUUUAUUUGUUUUAUAAUAAAAUAUAAUUAUAAAAACUACAAUUGUAUUUCUUUAAUAAUCCGUUUUUAAGCGUAAACGUCAUGAACAACAAAAUCCACACUUUAUUAUUGCAUCACCUGGAGAUUAAAAUAGUACAUUCCUAAGCCGUCCGCUCACGGAAUAAUAUAAUAUAUUAAUAAUUAUUAAGAACAAUUAUUUAGUUUAAAUUAUAUACUCCAUAUUAUGCAUCAUGCAUGUCAGUACGUUAAGGUUACCUAAAAUGACUGAGGUGAUAUUCAUGUACGGUACAAGAAACCAAUAGUUAACAGAUUCUUAAACUUUAAUAAUUACAUAAUUAAUAGUCAAGUACACCGUAUAGUUAAGUAUUACUCAAGCAUUACGAAUUCCUAUAAUUAUUUAUUUCUUUCGUGCCUAUUACCGAAUAAAUAUGUCAAUUAAUUUAAAUCUUGUUAUCAGUUAUUUUAUGCUAGUGUAAAGUUUACAACUGUUUACAGAUCAAAACCACACAGUAUAUUCGUCUAAAAUAAGCUGAAAUAAUUAACAUAAUAUAAAAAUAUACGUAGGUAUAAUACAUAAAGAGUAAAUAAAUACUAUUUUGGUUGAAAUUUGUUUUAAAAUACAUUUAAUAAUCCGUAAAAUGGUUCUUUGAUUGUUAUAGAGAUACGAUUAUCUAAUAAUUAUUUUAAUUCAAUAUACAUAUUGUGUACAAUAUAUAUAUUAUUAUAAUCUAUUGUACAAAACUACGUGCAAAUUUGAUGCUACGUAAAAUCGUAGGAGCUGAAGAAUCAGCGAAAUGUUUAAAUAGAUAAUAAGUAGUAAUUUCAAUAAAACAUGCAUGCGUAUUUCUUUAAAAAAAUAAGUUAGUAUAGUUGCUACAUGAUACAUGGAUUACUAUUUUUGAAUUAUAAUAUUAAUUCAAAUUUAUUUUGAAUCCGGUAUCAUAGAAAUCUGCAGUGCGCGAUAUUUAUUUACGAGGUGAUUAAGUGCAUGCAAUUGACCACGUAGCUUAUGGAAUACUCAAUGUAACAACAGUCACCCGAGUUUUGACUUUUUAAUGCAAUUUUACGGAAAUGUGCUUAGAUGACGCUUAAAUUCAUUGUAGGUAACAUGACAUAUGAACAAUUAUCAUUUUUAUAUUUCCCAAAAUGGUCGGGUAAUUUGCAAAGUGCCUGGGCAUUCUGAUGCUAUUCCCGGAUUUCCCACUUUGCCCGUAACAUGUUUAACAUAUUUCAUAAUAAUGGCAAUGAAAAUUUGAAUACUCAAAUUCUUCAUACAUUGACAGAGCAGUACGAGAGUUCCCGGACAAUGAUAACAGCGCACAUUUAACUAUAACGAAUUACAUUAAAUCCGUACUUACUUAUUUUAUUUGUUUGAUACCACCAGUGCAUACAAAACGUCUAAAAUUACUCAUAAUAGUAUUUAGUUAUACUCUACAAAUAUUGAAAUAUUUCUAAGAAAUACAUAGGCACGCAAUGAUUAAUCCAUCCCCUUAUGUGCCAUAUUUAUUUAUUUAUAUCAUAUGGAUUUAAUAAACGAAUAAACGGUAUUAUACAACCAUAUAACAAGGACUCAUAACUAUAAGCAUUUGGAAUUAUUAUCAUUUUAUUUUUUUUUUUCGUGAUCUUAGAAACACCUAUAUAAUUUAUAAAUUUGUUACAUGAAAUCACGAAGCUAUAUACGAAAGUUUAUAUUGCAUAUUUUUUUUUCAUAUUUCGAAGUUUAAGUUUAAGUUUUGCUUUUUCGACUGUGUUAACAGCUAUUAAAGUAUCAUUUAAAUGCUUUUUUUGUAGGCUUCGAAAUAUACUUAAUAACAAGAAAAAUUUAAAUAGUCUUAAAUAUUUUCAUGUUUGUUUGUUUCUAUUAGUGUCCAUUGAAACUCAGUAAGACGAUAGGUAAUCAUAUCGAUAAUAAAACCCCUAUAAUUGUAUCGUGUGCAUUGAUAUUUUAUUGUUAUAGUUUCUAGGUAUUCCGGUAUUAUUAUUAUUAUUAUAAUUUUUCGCAUAAUUUAUCAUUUUUAGUGAAUAUUUAAGCGCUUAUAUACAUGUUUUUAUAGCAUAUUAUUGCACUUAAAACAAUGUUUUUUAGAGCUACUGGUUAAAAGCCUCGAUUAUAAUGAAAAUAAUAUAAUUAACCAAUAGUAAUCAACAUAUUAUAAAUAAUAAUAACGAUCAUAAAUAAUAAAAACAUAGAAUCAGCAGUAUUAAAUAAUGGUAACAAUAUAUUUAUUUUAAAUAGGGUAUAGAACAAUCAGUAUUUUGGAAAAUGUUAAAAGAUAUGCCUACUCUUAGAUUAAUAUGCUCCAUCGAUGAUUUUAUUUAAAAUCGAUUAAUAACGUAUUUAUUAUUUGUUAUGAUAAAAAUGGAAUAUUAUAUUAUGAAAUUCAUUAUUAUACGUUGUAUACAAUUUUUGAUUGGUGAGGAAGAGGGAAAGGUGGACGGAAUCCACUUGCAUUUGUUUAUUUAGAGUACCAUUUGAUCUAAUUAACUCUAUGUAGUUAUGAAAUUAUGAAAUUAAAAUUCAGUUGAUCUCUAGCUUUUAAAUACAGGAAAAAAAAAUUACAAACAUCGAAAAUCUUGUCUUAUAACUUUGUUUAGCGUGUCCUCACAAACAAAAAUCCGUCUUCUAUUUGAAAAUAUUCAUUUAAUUUCUAUACUCAAUAUCUACCAACAAUUUAAUAAUUUAAUGUUUCAGGCCUCCGUAGUUUAUAACCCUAUAGUGUACGGUCUUUCGCAUCCUCAUUUUCGUUCAUCUGUCCGGCAGUACUUAUCAGGUUGUACAACCGUGGGUAACAGCCAUACAGAACUCUGUACUCCGGGACGUAACAACCGACUGGUUACAAACAAAUGUUUGAACCGUUUUGCUCUACUCACCGAACAAAAUAAAAAUAAAACAAAUGUCAUAGAAUUGAAAUGUGUUCGUCAUCGAAGAGCUCAACAAAAUUCAAAUUCCAUAUGUAUGGAUUACUACAGUGAACCCGAUUGUCGGUAAGUUUUAAAAACGAAUUUUGGUUGAUCGUCGAUUUCAUUCAUUUGAACUAAUUUUCUCGUUAUAUGAAUAGAAGUUUAACGUUAACGAUGGAGCCGAAUAGAGACUCAGCAAUCAUUAAAAUCGACAAAGUACCUUUCAAAGUGGUCAUGUCUACAAUCAGAAGUAAAAGUAUCAGUGCCAAAAUAAAUUCAAGUGAGCGAAAUAUCAAUUAUUUUUAACCUGUUAAUAAAUAUAUACUUCUUCGUGGUCGUUUUGGCUAACACGUCAUGUCUAUACCCGUACUUUAAUAAAUCAAAAGCUGUCAAUGCAAUAAUAGCAUUGUCUAAGUUCUGAUCAAAAAUAUUUGGUCAUUGAUUUGUGACACAAUCAUCGUUUAUUCGAUCGCACUGAAAUCGAUCGAUUUUGUUACAAACAAUGCCCUUAAGAACUUGUAACUAGAAUUUAGAGGUACUUAUUUCAUUUUAUUCUUACUCUAUUUAAUUUCUUAAUUUGUAUCGCUAUGUUAAAAUUCACGAAAAACUACUAUUAUUAAACUAACUACUCUGUAAUUUUGUCAGAUUAUUUUUCUCUAAAUUUACAUGAGUACACCAAAACUUAAACAUUUUCUUUAUUUUCUUUACCCCAAUCUUGUUUUCUACAGUCCUCUAAAAAUUAUCAACAAAAAUUAUUGAAAUUUUACCGCCCUAAAGAUUGUGUUAAACCCCUUCCACACCUCCCCCACCCUAAAUGUACCACUACCCGUUUGUGAAAUAUACCUUGUUAUUUCAAAAUAAUAUUACCAUGCUUCCUAACAAAAUCAAAGAGCUGUUAUAUGUAUUCAACUAUACCAGGCAUUUUAUCGUUACUUAUAUUGUUAACAAAUUCAUUAAAUAAUUUAUAGUAUUCGACAACUUUUUCGUAUUAUCAUAAAAAAACAUACCAUUAAUAAGGUGUUAUUUACUCAGUGCUCAAAUUGGAAAAACUGAGUACCUCUUCUUUUUUAAAAAUAUUUUAGCACAUUCAACUAAUUUUUCAUAAUAGACGAUCAGAACCGACAUAAGCAGGCAUUAUCACUCAAUAAAAAUUGAAAAUAUUUAAAACUAUUGUAUGAUAUAAUUUUAAUUUUUUUUUAUUGAGUUGUAUUUUCUACUUAAUAGUAACAUACUAUAGUAAAAGAGUCAACGUUAAGAGGGCACCACAGUAACAUUUGCCGUCUCUGUCUCUAUCUGAUAGCAAAAACAUUUUUUCGUACUUCAAAUAGUACUCAGGGAUCGAAUAGACUUAAAAAAAAAAUGAUUCCACAAAGUUCAAGACAAAAACAUUUAGAAUCGAAUAUAAUUGCGUUAGAUUUUAUAUUAUUUUGUAAUAAUUAAAUGCAAGUAUGGUCUUCGGGUUCUAAAUUACUAAGUAUAAACAGUUAAACAAUUAAAAGUUAGCAUUCACAAUAUAAUUUAUUUCUAAACUUAUCUAGAUGUUAAAUAAAACAAAUUUUAAAUGAACUAUGAUUAAUUUUAUUACCAAAAUUAACUUAAGUUAAUUAAACUCGUUACGGUUCGUAGCAUUAAAUACAAAUCAAUUGGAUCGUAUUUUGACAAAUAUAACAUACAUUAUGUCUAAUAUUAAUUAUCCGAGUGUUCAGUUUAUAAUAGUGUGCCGUUUAACAUAAAACAAAACAGUCAAAGUUUUUUUGUCACGUAAGAGUACUUAAAGACAAUACGGACAUUUCAAUUAAUCAUCGAAAAUCAACACUAUUGAAUGAAGUCAAAAAAUCACCAUGUAACGUACCUACAUAAACUGACUUUUCAGAAUAAGGUAUAAAGACGAGUUUAAACGAUUCUUUAACAUAUUAAUUAAUUUUUUGGAUAUCAUUAAAUCUUGAUUUACUCAUGGUCGGGUAAUUUAACUGAAUCAGUGUAACUUCUUUCGAAUAAUAUAUUAUUUAAAUAAAUUGUAUCAACUUCACAAAAUGUAGAUAUUAUUAAAGUAUAGGCUACCUCCUUGCGAGUAUAUUUUGCUAAAUUUACGUACACGAGUGGAAUUAUUAUGUUCGGCUACAAUAUCAAAAUAUUUAUAGUAGAAUAAAAACUAGUUAAAUGAUAUAAAUAUUUAUAUUGAUUGACCUUUAAUCAGUAAAAUGAUUAUUUUGUUAUAGUAGUCGACAAAUCAGCUAAUCCCGAAGAAUCCAGUGAAAAUCAAAAUGAAGAAAUGAAAAAGAACAGUAUAUCAGAUCAAUUUGUAUUCGAAUUAUAAAUUUAACUAAUUCAUUUUUUUUAAUAUACCUUUUAAAUAAAUAAAAAAAUUUUGCUAUUGUUAAAAUUCAAUUAUUAUUAUUAUUAAUAGAAUAAUAAAAUAUAAAAUUUAGAAUCCCACUGUAAUAUUUAUAGAAAAUAUGCAUAUCGUUAUGAGUUUUGGACUGGCCAGGGUCAGUAUAAUAUAAUUACAAAACAAUAAAAAUUGUUUUAAAUAUUGUACCAUCUACCUACAAUAAUAAUUAGAAAUGCGUAUAUUCUAUUUAAAGGCAAAAAUCUAAUUCAGAUAUAAUUUUUGUUACAAAUUAUUAAUUAUUAUUACC